GGGCUGUUUCGUCCAAUCAGGAGCCACCCGGAAGUGAGCGGCGGCUGCUCCGGAUUCCGCGUGGCUUUGCUUAGUUCCACCCACGUGGAAUGCAGGAGGGACCAAGCAGAAGGUGGGUACCGUGUAAUGGGGGGUUGCGCGUGAUCCUGAGGGAGAUCCUAAAGCUGUAGAAUGGGAAGGAAUAACAUUUUCUGUUAUGAGCCGCCCUGUGAUCUCCGCGUGAAGGGCGGCUUGCAAAACUGAUCAAUAAAAUAAAUUAAGUAACUGAAUAACGGAACUUAGACAGCAAUCUAAGUGAAGAAGUCGGAUAAAAAAAUAAGAUAUCACGUCCUUGGUUUACUUUGAUGGUAUUAGAGAGAGGAGAAAAAAAAUGAUGUCGACUUACUUUUUAUAUUGCUUAUUAUAUUAAAACAUAUCUCUAAGGGAUUUACAGAAAACUGAAGCAACAACAGAGAAGAUGAACAAAAAUAUUACAAAAAUGCCCAGUUAUAUAGCAUUUGGGGUUCAAUGUAACUUUUUCGUUGUAGAGAGUGUGUAAGUAGUCCCGUAAGCAGUGUCAGAUUUACGUAUAAGCUAAGCAAGGUAUAGUUUGAGCCCCACUCUCUUGGGGGCCCCAAAAAAAUUUAAAGGAAAAAAAAACUGGAUGCACAUUUCCAGAAUAUAAGGUAAAAACAAAUAAAAUAAAACCUACAUGCAGCAACAGUGUUUUGUGUUUUGUAGGCUCCUAUGAUGUAAGUAAUGGGCCCUGCCUGCUAGCCUGCUCCCUAAAAUAUCACUGGUUUGCUCAUUUCUGUAUCAAUUACUUUGAUCGAAUACAUAUUUUGUUAUGUGCAAAUGGUUUUAGCUACCUGUUUGGUCCAUAAGUUACCAUAUAGCAUAUAUUGAACACAAAAAACAGCAACAAUCUGUUGUUGACAAAGGGCAGCUAGACAUAUAAAGGGCCGCAUUACCUUGAGUAGCUGAGGGCCUCGUCAAACCUAAAUCCGGCCCUACCCUUCACCCCACAUUCUUAUCCAGGGACUGAUUGUGUUUAUCUUCUCUUGGGCUGAGUAAUGGCUAUAGUAGUAGGUGUCCCCAGACCCAUUCUCUUCUCUUUACCCAUCCGUUGGGGAGUUGGAAGUAUUCUGACAAGGCGAUUCAUGAAAACAAUACAAUUCAAUAAGGUCCUGCUUAUUCAAACGAACUUCUUAGCAGGCUUGUACCAAAAAAUUAAAAUAAAAAGACUGUGGGGUUACUUUCAAGGCUGAUCUGUUUUCCUUUGGCCUCUCUGCAGAUGUCUGAAGAUGCAGAGAGAGAAGCAGGCGUGGGAGACUCCAAGAGAGUAGAGGGGGAAGCUCUUGCUAAGGAAGGGAGACCACGAGGGAAGAAAAGGUCUCUUGUUGCUGAGGGCAUCCUGCAACCGGUGAAGCUUUGCAAGGCUGAGCUAUACAAGCCGCCCACCAACGAGGAGCUGACACGCCUGAAGGAAACAGAGAGCCUGUUUCACUCCAACCUUCUGCGCUUGCAGGUCAGGCUAACUUAGCAGGGUUAAUCCUUUUGUGGGCAGGUGUUGUGGAAGAAGGGUUCCUGUAACUAAGACAAAGCCCUUCAUUAUUUGUACUUGCAAGCACUGGCAUGGCACCCAGAAUUUUGCUUCAGUCUAUGGGCUUCCAAUUCUUUCUGUGUGUUCAAAGAAUCAUUAACUUUCUCCUGUUCAGUGCUUCUAAGAUCUUGCCUAGCACUGGCUUCAGUCACCGGCUGAAUAUUCAAGACUCCUCUUUCUCCCUCGGUUCUCCAACUACGCUGCCUUACUGACCUUCCUGCCCCAUUCUGCGUAAAUGCCAGUCUUCUUGUCCUCUCCUGCAAAGCUUUCUUUCUGCUGUUCUGUUUUACGUCCUUCUCAAUUCCUCUUAAACCCUUCUUUCAUUCCAUCUUGUCUCACCAUUAUUUAUUGUUUUAUACAGUAUAUCGUAUUACAAAAUGCCCCGUUACCUCACUUUUGGGUUGUUAGUAAUAGCAGUUAAGUUGUAUUUUUUUUAAUGUGGCAAGUGGCGUCUCUCCUUUCUCCCCUGUGUAGAUCGAGGAGCUUUUAAAAGAGGUGACUCUCAAGGAGAAGAGGAAGCAGAAAAUCGACUCCUUCCUCCGCGAAAUCAAUGCCUUGCUGAGCACAGUCCCAGAGACCCCGCAGAGAGACGUAUGUCCAAGAUACAUGUAGUUUUACAACCCAAUCUUAUGCAUGUUCACUCGGAAGUAAGCCCCCUUAAGUUUCAUGGGGCUCGCUCCCUAAUAAGUGCAUUUAGGAUGGUGGCCUUUGUGGUUGAGGUGUAAACACUUGCUGCAAUCCUAGCAGUUUUGUUUAAACCCAACAAACUGUGAUUAAUCGUAACAGUGGUUUGUUUGAAACAAGCUAACUUCACAGCACGGAUCAUGAAGCUGGCUUCUUUCAACACGUCAUACUUAAGAUUAGCUGCGGUUUAGGGUAUAGAUGUAACACUGAACUGUAGCUCCCCAGAAGUAGGAGCUUCCAGUCUCCUUGCUGCUACCCCAGUGGAGAAGGAGAGCUUAAACGUGCAUGUGUGCCUACGGCACCAGACUCAUUUCCUACACAGCAAACCAUAAUUUAUCAUGGUAUUCAAAUGUGGCCACUGAAAUGGACCCUUGUCCCAGCAUUGUACACUCAUAACUGUUAGUGUCUUCUUCCCCAGGGUCUCUGGCAAAAAGAGGCUUUUCAUUUUUUAAAAAGAAUAAUACUUUAUUUAGAAUUAAACAAUAACAAGAAAAAACCACAGUAGUUGCUACAUCAAUUCAUUACAAUUAACCAAUUUUAAUAAUAUAUAAAUAGUAAUAGAAAAAUUACACAUCACUUUUAACUUACUGAAGUUUUCAUAUUACACUUUGAUCUCUUUAUCUCUUUCUUAACAUAUCAAAAAGAGAAAGAACAAGAAAGGAGGCACAAAAAAAAGAGAAGAGGAAGAAGGGGGAAGCAGGGGAAGGGGGAAAAAGAAAAAGAAAACAAACACAUUUGGCUUCCGAUAAGACUCAUUGUAGUAUUGUUUCUACAAUUUUUUCACACACAAUUCCAAGUUAUUGUAUUUCUUUCUUUCUUUUCAUCAGAUAUCAAAAAACAUUACAUUUGUUGUUGUAGAAGGAUAACUCUGUUUCUGCCAAGAGAUAUUUCUUAUUGUAAUGCUUUUCCAAAUACUCCUUAAAGAUUUUACAUUCUUUCUGUACUUUCUGUUUUGGAUAACCUCUAAUUCUCCCUGUCAUGGCCAUCUGUAGAUAUUCUAUCAUUUGGACCUGCCACUCAUUUAUCGUAGGUGUUAUGUCACUUUUCCAAUUUCUUGCAAUUAAGAUCCUGGCUGCCAAAAAGAGAGGCUUUUCCUAGCUCUGUUCACUGAGAUCCUUUUUCACUGGCGGGCCCCGUCCUGUACUCAGGGUGUGCUUUAACCUUUUUCUUCUACCCUGCCUCCUCCUAGAUCACCAAUCAGUCCUGGCUCCCCAGUGGGGUGAAGGUCCCUCUCCAGCAGCUUCCUUUCUGCGUCAAGGGCCACUUUCGCUUCCUUCCCCCUGCCGAGGUGAAAGUGGUGGGGAGUUACCUGCUGGGCACCUGCAUCAAGCCCGAGGUCAAUGUGGAUGUGGCAGUGACGAUGCCCAAGGUUAGUGGCGCUGGCACAAGUGAGAGGCAGACCACGAGCUACUUAGCUUCAGCAUCGUCUUCAUUCCACAGGACCAAAAUUUGCAAUAGGUUUUGUGUGUGUGCAGUGCACACCAACAUUGGCAUAAUAAUUUCUAGAUUCAGGUAGGUAGCCGUGUUGGUCUGACGCAGUCGAAAUAAAUAAAAAAAUUGUCCAGUAGCACCUUAGAGACCAACUAAGUUUGUUCCGGGUAUAAGCGUUCGUGUGCAUGCACGCUUCUUCAGAUACCAAAAGCUUAUACCCGGAACAAACUUAGUUCGUCUCUAAGGUGCUACUGGACAAUUUUUUCAUUUUUUAAAUAAUAAUUUCUGUUGAAGGCAAGUUUCACAAAAACCUUUUUGUAAGGGUAUAUAUUUUAUGGGGCAAUCCCUCUUGCUGGCCCUAGUAGGACCAACUUGGCCAGUUAGCCCUGGUGAUCAUUUGAUGCCUACUGACUGGGUUCCCCCCCAUGACCCCUGAAUUUUAGAAUUUUAUUGAUAUUGAUGCUGCAUUUUAUGUUGUACUUUAUGCUGUUUUUAAGUCGCGGUUUAAUCAAUGUUUUAUUUUGCUGCUAGCCUCCCUGAGCCCGGUUUUUAAACUGGGAAGGGCAGGGUAUAAAUAAAAAUUUAUUAAUAUUAUUAUUAUUACCAUUAAUUGCUGUUAGGAGAUCUUCCAGGACAAGGACCACCUAAACCAGCGCUACCACCGCAAGAGGGCUCUCUACCUGGCCUGCUUGGCUCAGCACCUGGCCAAGAAGAAGCUCUUCGGGGCCGUGAAGUUUGCCUACGUCAACGGCAACCACCUGAAGCCGGUCGUGCUCCUGCAGCCACAAGGUGAGGGUGGCUUUCCGCCUGCUCCUUGAUCCAGACCCCCUUCCUUUUUCUUUGUCUCCCUGUAAACAGAGCACCAGGUUUGGGCAGAAAAGUAAGUGAUGGGUUCUGGUGGGCUGAGCAGGAGUGUGAUGCUGCAAUGUAAGAGGCAGCUGCAGUUUUCGAUUGCACGAGGCUGCAUCUUAAAAUGGGUUAGAGUGAGCGAGUGCUGCAAGACUGGGGGCAGGUUAUUACAGUGGACGCUCGGGUUGCAAACGUGAUCCGUGCGGGAUGCACGUUCGCAAUCCGCAGCAGCGCAUCUGCAAAGCGCCAUUUAGCACUUAUGCGCAUGCGCGACCGCUGUAACCUGGAAGUAACCCAUUCCGGUACUUCUAGGUUUCGGCGGUCCGUAGCCCAAAAAAAGCAACCAGAAGUGUCUGUAACGCGAGGUAUGACUGUAUUCGUUAAUUCUGGUUUAUUUAUUCAGUUGCAUUUAUCGUUCACCUUUUCCUCCAAAGAAACCCAAGGUGGUGUACAGGGUUCUCCUCCUCCUCCUUGAAUACUCCCAACAACCCUGUGGCCAAGCAGGGAUUCAAACCCAGGUCUCAGGUCCUAGUCUGAUGCUCCAACCACUACUCCACACUGUCUCUGUUACUUGCAUAGCUUGCCCAUAUCUGAAUGGUCAGGCGUAAAUUCAGAAAACAUUACGCAAGUGCAAGAUUAUACUGGAAUCAUGAAAUAAAACCGCAAAGCUAACCAGUAAGGAAGUUAGCAGCGUAGCAGGAGGGGAGACGUCCGGUCUGCCAACGGCCUUAUAGGUAGAGAGGCAUGCCUUGAGGGAGGGAGAUGUUCUUAAAAGUCUUGGUCUGGGUGCCUUCUCCUUAUUGAUUCUCCUGGCUUCCCUUUUGCUCACCCUGCUUUGUGGGGUUUUCCCAGGGAAAGACAUGAAGUUGGUGACUGUCCGCCUCUACGCCUGCCCUGCCCAGGGCGUCUUCAAGACCAGUCGCCUGCAUCCCAACAAGAACAACGUCCGCACGGCUUGGUUCACGGAGAAGCGCUCCCCUGUCGCAGGUAUUGUUAUUAUUCUAUGCUUAUUUAUACACCGCCUUUUCCUGCUGACAGGGACUCAAGGAGGCUUACACUGUGUGUAACGUUUCUGAGCACAAUUCAAAGUGUUGGUGUUGACCUUUAAAGCCCUAAACGGCCUCGGCCCAGUAUACCUGAAGGAGCGUCUCCACCCCCAUCGUUCUGCCCAGACACUGAGGUCCAGCUCUGAGAGUCUUCUGGCAGUUCCCUCAUUGCGAGAAGCAAACCUACAGGGAACCAGGCAGAGGGCCUUCUCGGUAGUGGCACCUGCCCUGUGGAACGCCCUCCCACCAGCUGUCAAAGAGAUAAACAACUACCUGACAUUUAGAAGACAUCUGAAGGCAGCCCUGUUCAGGGCGGUUUUUAAUGUGUGACAUUUUAAUGUAUUUUUCAUCUUUGUUGGUAGCCACUCAGAGUGGCUGGGGAAACCCAGCCAGAUGGGUGGGGGAAAAAAAUUAAAUUAUUAUUAUUAUUACUGAUCUACACACAUAAGACAAAUUAACGCACAGGAAUCUUCCAAAAGCCCAUCCCAAGCCCCAAAAGUCCCAUGGCGAUCAGCAAAUGGUAAGGGAGGCAGGAUCGUGAAAUCUGGAAGCCCCUAGUCAUGAACCGGCACAUGGGCGGUGGAUACAGAUUCAGUCGUUCCGACUCGAGGAACGAGGCAGUUGAGCAGCUCGGCAGCUGUAUCCAUGACUGAGCAGCCCUUUUUAGGAUCCACUCUGCUCACCCCGAAAAGGGGGAGGGGCUAGAAAAGGCGCCCUAAACAAAGUCUGCCUCCCUUUUCCCCUGAGUGGAUUACUGCGCCCAGUGGGGUCACCCCCCAGCGGUCAUAAAAGACAGUUGAACUUUUUUUCAAUCUUACUUGGCUACGAGUGAUCGCCAAAGAAGAAGACAAAUAGGAACAGCUAAAAACGUAGGAGAAAAAACAAUCACCAAAAAAACCAAACAGUUAAACAUUAAUAGAAUUAACUAUGGAUAGAUAAGAUAGAUUAAAAACUUGCAGCCCAUUGCAACAAAAGUAGCAUGGCAGCAGCCUCCUCGUUAAAAGCAACCCAGUUCCUACCUGCCUGCGGAAGGAGAGCAAGGAGGAGGCCAAUCUUGCUUCUCUAGGGAGGAAAUUUUUUAAAAUGUUUUUCUGGUUAUUGCUGUUUUCCUUUUGUUCCCCCUGUGAACGAUGCCAUGGCCUUUGGCUAGUGCAAUAAAGUUUAUUAAUGAAUAUAUAAACCUUUGAUGAACUUGUGUAUUCCUGCCUAAUAACCCCCCUUCUAAGCUACACAGAAAGUUAGCCAGAGUGUCUCCAUUUUAGACUUGGAUGUUGUGUUUCUGUUGUUGGGUUCUGGGUGGUUUUAUGCCAGACAAGAAGGCCGCAGCUGACAGAAUCCGCCAUAUUUGUUCGACAUGGACCAGUGGUGAUCUCCUGUUCUGCCUUUCCUAGGAGCCUCGGAGCCACCGACGCCACACUACAACAACUCCAUUUUGUGGGACCUGGUCCUGGAGUCCAGCCUGCUCUUCCUCUCGGAGGCGGCCCAUGACUUCCAAGGCAUGCGAGACGGGGUGUCUCUCCUCAAAGUGUGGCUGCGCCAACGUGGGCUUCACCAGGUAACUGGGCCCGGGCACAAUGGGGGGAGACCUGGGCCUCCUUGCUUCCUCACUCUUGAGCAGCCUGGCUGUUGUGACAAGACCGCGUUGUCAACUGCCCUGAGAUCUACAGGUAUAGGGCAGUAUACAAAUUUAAUAAAUAAAUAUUUGGGGUUGCAAUCAAAUAUUUGAGGUUACAAUGGUGGUGCUGGCUAAGGCCCGUGGGUGUUGUAGUUCCAAGAAUUCUGGAGGACACCAGGUAUGCAAAAUCUGCUAAAUGUUGUGAUCCCUUUGCACUAUGCUAAAAAUGCUAAAAAUGUCUCGAGCAGCUGCAGGCUACAUUCCUAAACAGGACCGUCUUCACCCAGCGGGGUGCAAGGGGUGCGGGGCACCCGGAUGCCGAAUUCUGGGGGGCGCCUCUCAAUCAGUGGAGGUGAAAAGCAAUGGAGCGAAAGUCCCCACCCCCUCCUCGGUUACUCUGUUGCAUUGCUGCGCCUAAGAUUUCAGAUUAAAACUGCCACUGCUGGAAUGAAAGGAGGACCGUUUUCUGCCUCCCCACUUCCAGCCACGCUCUGAAGACUGGAAAAGAGAUCCUCUUAAGAAUAUUAGGGGGGCAGGCAGGGGAAGCAUGGCUUUGGUUUUUGCAGUCUUCAGGGGAAGGACUAGACCAUGUGAAAAAUGAACACAAUAUUUUAGCUGCGGUUCAUUCGAUUUCAGAUUUGUAUUCUUGUUGUAAAAAAGCAUGCCUAGACAUUCUGUUCUUGCACCCAUAACCUAGAUUCAGAGUGCCAUUUAGCUCCUAGCUUUCUAGCACUGGGUGGCUGGAGGAUUUGGGAAUCUGCAGCAGAAGAGCACCUUGUGCCAACUUUUGUGUAUUGUCCAUUUCUUCCCUCCCCCCCCCCCCCAGGGCCUUGGGUGCUUCAAUGGCUUCAUGGCUUCUAUGCUGGUGGCGUAUCUCUUGGAGGAGCACAAGAUCAACAAAGUGAUGAGUGGAUACCAGGUGUUGAGGAACAGCCUUCAGUUCUUAGGUAAGCCCAGUGCGCUUUGGCUCUGAGGUGGGAGGUGCUUAGAUCUGAGCUCGUUUGUGGGGCUCCCUGCCUUUCCUCCCUUGAUCACAAACCAAGCCACCCAUUUGGCAGAAUAAUAAUACAAUAGGAGACGAUAGUCUUUAUUGUUUCACAAUCUCUGAGUAAUUGCAUGAUCUUUCCCCCCACAUGUCUGUCUUCCUUCCAGCUGCCACAGACCUCAGUACAUCUGGAAUCAGCCUUUCAAAGGAUGGAGUUUCCUCACUGGUAAGAGUGUGAGCUUUGGGGUACUGGGAAUUCCUGGUUAGGGCAGAGGCGAUGGGGGUUGUUUAUUAUUACAGCUGUAUUCCACCUUCCUUCCAAGGAGCUCAAGGUGCCUUGCAUGGUUAUCCCCUCAUCCCUUUGUAUCCUCGCAACAACCCUGUGAGGUUGUGCAUUCACUUUCCCUGCUAGAAGCUGCUACUCCCACCUGCUUUUCAGCCUGCGACGCCUUUUAAAUCUCAAUAUUUAUAUUUUAUGGAAAGGUUUUCAGUGGACAAAUAAAAGAAAUGGGGGGGGGGACCCAAAACAAAAAUGAAUACAACACAAUGUAUAGGUAUAUAAGUAAGGUUAUCAUCCAUCGAGCAUACAAUUAUUAACACGCCACUAUAGAUUUUAUAAAUGCACUUGUACUGUCAUCAUAUUUAUCCAUACACAAUCUGUGUCCAAAAGCAAUCUCUUUGUAUGUUAUAAGAGUUGCCGUAUCUUCUAUCCAUUGAUCAAAGGAUAGUAGUAGUAGUAGUAGUAGUAGUAAUAAUAAUAGUAAUAAUUUGUUUAUACCCCGCCCAUUUGGCUGUGUCUCCCCAGCCACUCUGAGCAGCUCCCAACAGAAUAUUAAAACAUGAUAAAACAUCAAACAUUAAAAACUUCCCUAUACAGGGCUGCCUUCAGAUGUCUUCUAAAAGUCAGAUAGUUGUUUAUUUUAUUGACAUCUGAUGGGAGGGUGUUCCACAGGGCAAGUGCCACUACCCAGAAGGCCCUCUGCCCGGUUCCCUGUAACUUCACUUCUCACAGGGAGGGAACCGCCAGAAGGCCCUCGGAGCUGGACCUCCGUGUCUGGGCUGAAUGAUGGGGGUGGAGACGCUCCUUCAGGUAUAGAUAGAAAGAUUAUCUUUCCAGUGAAUCAAUAUCAAGUCUUUUGGCAGACCUGAGGGUGCAAAGAGCCCAUCUAUGUUGACCAGGUGUCAAACCCCGUAUCUGAAGAAGUGUGCAUGCACACGAAAGCUCAUACCAAUAACAAACUUAGUUGGUCUCUAAGGUGCUACUGGAAGGAAUUUUUUUAUUUUGUCCCGUAUAAUGGAUAUGUGAUUUAGGAUAAUAUGAUCAUCUGGCAUUUUUAAUUUCUCCCCCAAAAUUUAGUUAUACAUGCCAAUGCUUCUUUUCUCCAGAAUUUUGCAAGCAUCAGCCAUUGCAUAAACCUAAGUUUCAAAGGAGCAUUUUCCUUGUUCUGCCUUUUGCUUUGUCCUCUUCCUCUAGCCUACCCUGGCGGACUUCCACGCAGCGUUCCAGGUGGUCUUUGUGGACCCUUCUGGGUUGGUCAACCUGUGCGCAGACAUGACGGCCUCCACAUAUAAGCAGGUAAAUGAGGUCGUUGUUUAGCCCAGCUUUCAAAUGUGCCGUCCAAAUUUUUCCUAUCAGCCCCAGCCACUACAGAUUUACUGGAAGAGAGGAGAGGAAGUUUCUCUGUGCAGCCAAAAGGCCUUGUUACUAGCAGAAGAAAUUCAUUGGAAAACCGCCCCUUGUAGUCAUGUCACUUAUACCCAGCUCUUCGCCGUUUGCAUAAUCCUGGAGUGAGAAACAGAAUUAAAAAUACAACAAAGCAAUAUUUCACCGAAAUUGAACACCCUCAAAGGAAGAACGGUUGAUAAAAAUGAGGGGUUUUUUCAGCGAUGGCAAAACUGAUGGCAAUGAUAAGAGACACAAAUUUAGAAUCCUUUAAAGAAUUCUGGAAACUCACUCUAAUCUGUUUAAAAACUUAUUUCCCCUAUGCAAAGGCCAAAGCAGGGUUUGAAGUGUAAGAAAAUAGCAGGAUAUAUUAAGAAACGGGUUAAAGAGGAUGAAAUUAGAUAAGACAGAACCUUAAAAAGCAAUUUUAUGUAAUUUGAGUUAGAAAUAUUGAUGUUGGGUGAGUGGAAGUCACUAGUUUUGUUGAACUGGAAUAUAACUUGAGUAGCAGAUUUAACUUUCAAUAUGGAAAAAGAAUUAUAUAUAUAUAUAAGAAAUUCAGCCUAGUGUAAAAACAGACGGCAUGCCAGUGUUUUCACCGUUGUUGGCACUGCAGACUUGUUGGGGUAGGCUGAGAACGGGAGAGUGACUUGGGCGAAUGGGGAAUUCGAACCCGGGUUUCGUGUUAUUGUCUACUUGCUGCUCUGCUUUGCUCUUUGCAAAUGGACCAGGGAAGCGAACGGGCCAAGAGUGUUUGCACCGGCCGCUUGGGGGGUGGUGGAGUGGUUUUGUAGGGUACCCCCAACCAAGAUGAGUUGAUGCCUCGAGAGAAAAAAGGAGGCAACUACAUUGUGGCCUGGAAUUGACACUUGGGGUGUUGGCUUAUUUCUCGGCUUGCCUAAAUAUGUGCGGUUUUGCUCUCCCUUAGAUCCAGUUUGAAGCCAAGCACUCUAUGGAGAUUCUGGACGACAAAACGAUGGAUGGGUUCCAUUUGCUGCUCAUGACCCCCAAGCCUCUGAUCCGAGCCUUUGACCACGUGUUCCAGUACGUUCUCUCCACGAGAAUAUUUCUUUUUUUCUUACAUUUACACACUACUUUUUCUUCGAAGGAGCACAAGGGGACCUGUCUGGUUCUCCUCGUCCUCCUCAUUUCCUCCUUACAACAAGCGUGUGAGAGAAGUUGGGCUGAGAUACGGUGACUGGCCAAAGGUCACCCAGUGAGUUUUGUGGCCGCAUGGGUAUUCGAACCCCAAGCCUCCCAGGUCCUAGUCCAACACUCUUUUAAAAAAAUGUAUUUUAGUAAAAACCAGAGCCCUUUUGGGGGUGAUAAUUUAGACAGGAAAAGGUCAAAAAAAGGUUAUUUAUGUAUGCCAUUACGGCUGCCUAUGUUUUGUUAGCACAAAAAUGGAAAACGAGCGAGGUCCUAACCAAAGAAGAAUGGCAACUUAAACUGAUGGAAUUUGUGCAGCUUGCGGAUCUAACUUACAGAAUAAGAGAACAAGAGCAACAUUUGUUUAAAGAAGAUUGGAAAAUGUUUCUUGAAUAUAUGGGGGGAAUUGUGUACACUUGGAAACGUCGGCAGCAUUAAGAUAAAUUCAACAGUUUUGAUGGAAGUAAUAAUGGAAUACUGAAUGGUUUAGUUUAUAUAAAAUAUGCGGGGAUUUACGCUAUGCAAAAUGAACCAUGGGAAGAGAAGAAUGGAAGUCAUUGAUAUUUUAAGGUUGUUUAAAUGAAUGUUCUAAAUUGUAAAACAGAAGAGUUAAUAAAAAUUAUAUACAAAAAAAGAAAAUAAGUAAUACGUAACUAAAUAAAUAAGAAUUAAUAAUCUGACUUGACUUGGGUCGACUUGCUCAUACUGAGCUGCCGAAUCGUCUCUUUCUUGGAGAAGAAUUUGAGUUGGUUCAGCACUGAGAAUUUAUUUCUCCUCCACUGCUGUGUUUGCCCAGCCUGGGCACAGUUGCUUAUUUGUGGACCCAGCAGUGACUGCACUUCUCUCUCCCAGUGUGGUGUAGUGGUUAAGAGCGGUAGUCUCAUAAUCUGGGGAACCGGGUUUGAGUCUCCGCUCCUCCACAUGCAGCUGCUGGGUGACCUUGGGCCAGUCACACUUCUGUGAAGUCUCUCAGCCCCACUCACCUCACAGAGUGUUUGUUGUGGGGGAGGAAGGGAAAGGAGAAUGUUAGCCGCUUUGAGACUCCUUCGGGUAGUGAUAAAGCGGGAUAUCAAAUCCAAACUCUUCUCUUCUUCUUCUUCCCGACUGCUCUCUCCUCAGCCUCAAGCACGUCUCCAAGCUGCAGGCGGCCUGCAGGAAGAUGCAACUGCUCAACGAGCUGAUGGAUCGCGGCGGGAAUUACGUGGCAGCGACUCUGCCUUUCCUCAUCGGCUUGCUGGAACGAGGGUUGUCUCGGAGGAUCCUGCUGCUGACACAUGCGCUGCCCCAGACUCAACCAGUAAGUUUUAUUUCAGACCAUGAUGGUGGUGAUGAUAUUUAUAUUAUAUUUACAUUUCAAAACCUGACAGUACUCAAAUUAUCGACGGCUUUACACCAGAAGCCAGACUAAACGUCAUUUCCUGCUGCAGUGUUGGAUGGCAGGACAUUGAGAAGAGAUUACACCUACCAGGACAGACUUUGACAUCGUGUGCUCAGGACAUCGAUUCUAUACACAACAUAUCUUGCUGCAGCUGUGCAAAGUAUGAGCAGAGUCAGGAGCUGACCUGAUGCUUAUCGCUGUGCUGGUAUCUGAUCCCAGGAAAAUCAGAGGCUCACUGUGGUCGAGGUUGCCUGUGGGUUAAGACCGGACAGAGCGCUAGAACAUUAGCAGUGGUCAGAAGUUUUUAUCGGUGGUUGCCAGAACCAAUGAGUCCCUAUCUUUAAGUCCUGAACAAAAUGGUAGUUUAACCUGGAGAUAGGGACUGUCUGACCAUUGGUCCAGUCAUGGUGCUUAUGUAACGAUUUGCUGGGGUCUCUGGAGCCGUAGUAAAGAUUGGAUUGAUUGAUAGUUAUUUAUAAACUACCUUCUGGCGAACCAGAGCAGCGCACGGAAACGCCGUUUACCUUCCCGCCGGAGCGGUAUCUAUUUAUCUACUUGCACUUUGAUGUGCUUUUGAACUGCUAGGUUGGCAGGAGCAGGGACCGAGCAACGGGAGCUCACCCCGUCACGGGGAUUCGAACCGCCAACCUUCUGAUCGGCAAGUCCUAGGCUCUGUGGGUUAAACCACAGAGCCACCCGCGUCCUUAAUGUCAUAAUAAUAAUACAUAAUAAUAAUAAUAAUAAUAUUUAUUGUCAUAGUACAACCUGUGUACAGUGAAAUUAAACAAGCCUCCUCCCCCAAACACUCAAUCUCGUAUCAAACAACACACCACCUUGCAAGUCAAUUUCACAUCUUAUUUAUGUUAUGUCUUGCUUCGACGUCGUUUUUAUGAGGAUAUAUGCUUGGUUACCCUGUUAUACGGAAAAUUCCAAGUGGGUUUGAACCUAAAUGCUUAAAAUCCUUGUUAGAGGACAAGGAUCCAGAGAUCACGCUAAGGGUGGCCAAAUUCUGCGCGGCUGCCAUAAAACUCAGGGAACAAGCUGUUCAAUUACAAAGACUUAAGACCUCAGAUGCAAAGCCUAGAUAAUAUUUUAGAGACUUAAGACCUAAACCACAUUUCUAAUUGCUGCCAUAUUCGUAUUGUUUAUUGUUAUAUUUGAUUGUUAAUCCAAACUUAAUUCUGUUGUGUUUUAUGCUCGUUUAGUAUGGUAUGUAAAACUGGUCUGGGACCGUAAUAAAAUCUAUAUAUAUCUUUCCAGUGUGGCCCAUCUAAUUUUGCUUGUCUCAUCUUUUUCGCCCAGUGGCCAAUUGACGCUGAUCCCCCAAAACACAAAGACUUUGGGUCCCUGUCAUUUGGACUUCUGCUGAACCUUGAAUUUGCAGGCAGCAUCCUAGAGAGGGGACCUGGAGGAGACAGACCAGAGGUGAGACUGGAAGAGUGCUCUGGUCCCCAUUAUUGGGUGCCUAAGAGAUUUUCUGCCUACGCUUUUGCCAAGCUAAGCUAAGCAGUUGGCUCCUUACCUCUCUCGCCCUGAGCUAGCCACUGUGAUCCACACGACAGUCACCUCCAGACUGGAUUAUUGUAACUCACUAUAUGUGGGGCUGCCCUUGAGACUGACCCAGAAACUCUAGCGGGUGCAGAAUGUUGCGGCGAGACUCCUUACAGGAUCACAUUUGCCCGGUGCAAUACAGUGGUGCCCCGCAAGACGAAUGCCUCGCAAGACGAAAAACUCGCUAGACGAAAGGGUUUUGCGGUUUUUGAGCUGCUUCGCAAGACGAUUUUCCCUAUGGGCUUGCUUCGCAAGACAAAAACGUCUUGCAAGUUUGUUUCCUUUUUCUUAACACCGUUAAUACAGUUGCGACUUGACUUCGAGGAGCAACUCAUAGAACGCGGUGUGGUAGCCUUUUUUGAGGUUUUUGGUGAUUUUUGAAGCUUUUCCAAAAAUUUUCCGACACCGUGCUUCGCAAGACGAAAAAUUCACUAGACGAAAAAACUCGCGGAACGAAUUAAUUUCGUCUUGCGAGGCACCACUGUACCAGCUGCACUGGAUCCCGGUGGAGUACAGGGUCAGGUUUAAUGUGCUGGUUUUAACCUUUAAAGCCCUAUAUGGCCUAGAACCCUAGUACCUACGGGACCGCCUCUCCUGGUAUGUCCCACGGAGGACCUUAAGGUCUUCAAACAAAAACAUCUUGGAGAUCCCAGGCCACAGGGAGGUUAGACUGGCUCUCAACCAGAGGCAGGGCCUUUUCGGCUGUGGAUCCGAUCUGGUGGUACGCUCUGUCAAAAGAGACUAGGGCCCUGCGGGACUUGAAAUCUUUCCACAGGGCCUGCAAGACAGAGCUGUUCCACCAGGCCUUUGGCCAGGGCACAGUCUGACUCCCUCCUUUGGUAAUCCUCACAGAACUUCUAGCCCAAUGGUUGCCAUCAAUUUGAUUUGAACUGAUUUUAUAAUGAAUUGAUUUGAAUGCUGUAUGACUUUACUGUUAGCCACUCUGAGCCUGGCUCUGAGCUCUGGGGAGAAUGGGAUAUAAAUAAAAUUAUUCUUCUUCUUAUUAUUAUUAGGCACAACCCAUUGGUGGUGAAAGUGCUCACUUUGAUUUCAAUGGGACUUUUUCAAGGCACGAUUAUUCAUGAAAGAAACUUCCUUGUCCUGUUUGGCACACCUCUGUUGCUUGCUGAAAAAUGAUAUUUUGGACCCCUGGACCUCUCCGCCACUGGAGAGUCAGCAGGCACCUUCUGUGCCAAAUUUUUGCACCUGCUCAAAGCUUUUCUAUUCUGCCAGGCCUAUGCAGACGAUUAAGAAGACAUUCACAGUGGCUAAUGGAUGCCUGUUUUUAGAUGUUUCAUGGUUUUAUUGUAUUAUUUUAUGUUUUUAUUGCUGUACACCACUUUUAUGUAUUUUUAUGACAUAGUGGUAUACAAUUUUUUAAAAAAUAAAUGAAUUAAAUAAACCUAUUUAGUGCCGCUUUUGCUUUCUUGCAAAUUUCUGAAAAGUUAAAACUCUUUUUUAUGCAAUUUAUUUUUAAAGAAUGAAGGUCAGAAUUUUUUUUCCUGCAUCCUUUGCAAACAGGAUUAGAGUUACCUGUGAAGACAAAUUGGCACCUAAUGCCCCAUUUAUAUUUGUUUUGUUUCUGCUUUAAUUGUUUGGCAGUGGUUGAAAAACACAAACCAAACGCACAGAAGUUAACUUGUACUUGUAUCUGUGCAAAUCCAGGAAUUGUGGGCCUGUCCUGCAGAACUUUAUGAGUAUAUAAAAAUGAAUUAAAUUAUGUUCAUUUUACUAUAAACAAAGCAAGCCUAUGAGAAAGAGAGAGAAAUGCCUUUCAUUUCCCUCUCUCGGGGUUUGAUCCUGCAGGCGCUGGAGUUUCGGCAGUUUUGGGGGAAGCGAUCGGAGCUGAGGCGUUUCCAAGAUGGCGCCAUCUGCGAGGCCGUUGUGUGGGAUGCACCAAACAUGAGCCAGAAGCGACUCAUUUCUGAGCAGAUCAUUCGCCACCUCUUGCAGUUGUGAGUAGCAUGCGGGGACUCGGUUUUGGGGGCCCAGAGAAGGCGAAAACAGGGGUUUGUGUGUGUAAGACCAUUGGUCACUGGAACACAACCGGAGUGUUGCUGUUGGAGCACCUCUUCCUUCUCCAGGCAGAUCAAGAGGAGAAGAUGGCUGCAAAGGUUGCAAGGUUUCUAGCUGGGGCAAUCAGAAUAAAGUCUACUAUUUGACUGCUGAUUCGGGACCCUAAACUGUGUUUUAUAUAACCGACUUUUCAUUUUGUGUAUAUCGCCAUUUUUUUGUUGCUAUGGCUGACGGCUGACGCAAAUAAAGUUUAAUUCAUACAUUCUUUGGGGGGAAGCUAAAACGUUUGGAGAUCUUUAACUUCGAAUAAAGACAGGUGGGCAGUGGACCUAUAAAAUUAUGGACAGCAUGGAGAGAGGAAAUAGAAGAAAAUAUUUUGCAUCUGCCAUGCAUGUUAAGCACGUAAGAAUGGGUCAGCAAACUUACUGCGCCUCAGGCCGAUGUUUCCAGUGCUGAUUGUGUGGAGGGUGGGGCAGUGCGUGCACACACGUUAUUUCCAGCGCACUUCCUUGUCGGAGGAGCACCAGAAACAGCUUGUGUGCAUGUGCACGGGCCUCCGAACCGGAUGUGCACCGGAAAUAACGCUUGCACAUGCGCAAAUAACGCUUGCACAUGUGCACAAGCUAUUUCCGGUGCUCCUCCGACCCGGAAGUGGGCAGCCGCACAGCGCAGCGCUGGUAAGAGCGGGCGGUGGGGGUUGUCACGGGCCAGGUGAAUGAGUCCCUCGGGCCUUAUCCGGCCCACGGGCCUUAGCUUGGGGACCCCUGCAUAAGACGAUCCUGCUGGUUAGGGUGAACAAUAAAUAAUGAUAUCACCAGUAACUAGCCAAUGCACUGCCUCCACGGUCAGAGGCAAGAUGCUUCUGAAUACCAGUUGCUGGAAAAUGGAGGGAAGGAUGGUCUUGGGUUCAAGUCCUGCUUGCAGGUUCCCACAGGUGGGAACAGGAUGCUGAACUAGAGAGGCCAUUGGCCUGUUCCAGCAGGCUCUACUUACUUUCUUACCACGUUCUCGCGUUAUGAAUGCAAAAUAUAUUUCCUCUGUCUCCUCUCUUCAUACUAUUCAUAAAAGGUAAAAGCGGGUGGCGCUGUGGCCUAACCACUGAGCCUUUUGGGCUUGCCGAUCAGAAGGUCAGCAGUUCAUAUCCCUGUAAUGGAGUGAGCUCCCAUUGCUUCAUCCCAGCUCCUGCCAACCUAGCAGUUCAAAAGCAUACCAGUGCGAGUAGAUAAAUCGGUACCACUGGGGCGGGAAGGUAAACGGUGUUUCCGUGCGCUCUGGUUUCCGUCACGGUGUCCCGUUGCUCCAGAAGCGGUUUAGUCCUGCUGGCCACAUGACCCAGAAAGCUGCUUGUGGACAAAUGCUGGCUCGCUCGGCCUGAAAGCGAGAUGAGUGCCGCAACCGCAUAAUCGCCUUUGACUGGACUUAACCGUCCAGGGGUCCCUUGCCUUUACCUUUAUCUUAUACUACAGUCAUACCUUGGGUUACAGAUGCUUCGGGUUGUGCAUUUUCGGGUUUUGCACUGCGCCGAACCCAGAAGUACCAGAAGAGGUUACUUCGGGUUUCAGCGCUCGUGCAUGUGCAGAAGUGCUAAAUCUCACUUUGCGCAUGCACAGAAGCGCUGAAUCGCAACCCGUGUGUGCACGGACGCGGUGCUGCGGGUUGCGAACGUCCCUCCCGCAUGGAUCAUGUUCGCAACCCGAGCGUCCACUGUAUUCAUAAUUUCAUAGAUCCACUAACUUCUCCCACACUAGCCGUGGCAAUGGAACAAAAGUUUUUUCUGAAGCAGUGUACCUUUAGUCUCGGACAAACCACAGGGUGGGCCUGUUGCUGUCAGCGGCUGUACUCAGGGCUAUUCUUCUAGAAAAGGAGGUGCCAGAACUCACCGCGAACGCCCCCUUUGUUUUAUUAUAAUGCCGCCCACCUGAAAGAUGCUGGAAAUGAGCUCCUGCAAGCUCUGGCUGAAAAAAUGCCCCACCUGUACUCAUGGGCUGUCCACUGUUGGCAACAGGAUACUGGGCCAAAUGGUCUGAGCCCACCAAAGCAAUUCAGGCGGCAGCUUUGGCUGGUCCCAGAGGAAGCUGGUGCUCUUCCCCUGUGCCACCGCAACCUCCUUAGUUGCUGAUGCCACCAUCAUCCUGUGAAGGCUGGCGAAUUAUCUGUCCUAACAGAACGUUGCGUAAAGAAACCCCAUGUUCUGCAGGCUCUGCUCACGGGGUGCAUCUGUGACUUUUGUGGUUUCACCAGGCAUUGAGCCCACGUAGGCUCUCCCAAGCUUUGAUCGACGUCUUUGAAAAAGCAUUAGAAACUUCGUUUAAAAAAAGAAAAGAGAGUUGAUUAGAAGAAAGGAGCGCGUUCCCUGUUUAAAAGCCUUUCAUGGUUUGGCACUCUCUUAUCUCUCUGCAGACACAUGGACAUUCCGGAAACUUCCAUCUGCUACACAGGUGCCCUGCUGGAGCCUGUGAUCAAGAUGGGGCGUGAAGUAAGCAGCCUCUUUCUCCUCUGUGAAUUCAUGUCCUUUGAAAUGCGGUGGAACUUCCCCUUCCUCUCCUCUCCCCUUGUCCCCACCCCCAGGAAAUCUGUUCCAUAGGGCACAGGGAAAGCUGAGAAAGUCUGUUUUGGAAGCAGAAUGGCAGAGUAUGUAUUCAUGUAUGUAUGUACAGUCAUACCUUGGGUUCCAGACGCUUCAGGUUGCGUUUUCGGGUUACGGACCAUCGAAACCCAGAAGUACCGGAAUGGGAUACUUCUGGGGGUUUUGGCGGUCGUGCAUGCACAGAAGCGCUAAAUCGCACUUUGUGCGCUGCUGCAGGUUGCGAACGCUGUGGGUUGCGAACGUGCAUCCCACACGGAUCACGUUCGCAACCCGAGCGUCCACUGUAUGUAUGUAUGGAUGUAUGGAUGUAUUAAAUGUGCAUACCGACUUUCAUCUGAAGAUCACAGAGGGCUUCCCAACACAAAAAUGCAACAUGAAAACACAAAAUACAUAAUGAAACAAAAUUAAAUUGAUCACCCCCCUCCUCAAACACUUUUAAAAAGCCAUAGAUUGUUGUGCCCUUCAAAAAAUGGGAAUGCAGGUUCCAUUGAUCGCCGCCGCCUCUGCCCUCUUACGUCACAUCCACACCGUAUGUUUAAAGUGCAUUGAUACCACUUGUGUCUUCCCCCAGAGUAUUCUGGGAGUUGUAGUUUAAGGGUGCGGAGAGAUGUUUAGCAGAUUCCACAGAACUACAAUUCCCAGGGUUCCCUGUGAAGAGAGACUGACUGUUACAGCACUAUUGAGAAUUGCAACUCUCAAUUCUGUGUUGUUGUUUUCCUGGUGUCUGCCUUUUUUCAUUAAGGGCAGCUAUGAGAGCAACUUCCUGGAAUCACUAAUUGCAGGUUUUGGAUGAGAGUUUUUGAGAUAUCAAUGUGGUGAUGGGGAAUGGUUAGCCCAGUUCCCCUCGUGCCAUGGUCCUCAUUCUGAUCAGAGAGGCCCAUGCAGCUGCUGUUUCAGGAAAACCCAGAAACCAGACUUGUUAAAUGCAUUCACAGAUUGAACAUACAGUCGUACCUCUACUUUCAUAUCCCCCUAGAUACAGAAUCUUUGGGUUACUGCCACGGCAACCCCGGACAUGUAUACUUUUGGGUUUUGCCAUGCGUGCAUGCGCAGAAGCACUCAAUCGCUGCAUGCACGGAAGUGCGUCUCUAUUUACGUAAUUUUCAGGGUGCAAACGGACCCCCGGAACGAAUUAAGUUCUUAUCCGGAGGGUCCACUGUAUUCUCUAGUUUGGUAGUUAUCCUCCUGUAAAGGGCAGUGUCUAUUGUGCCAAAAUAAAAAGGUCAGGUGGUUAUGUCACAUGGCUGUGUCCAGGCUGGUCUGCAGGUGGCGCCCUUCAGCUGCGAUAUUUCGGACGGGAGUGCGUUGCAAUCUCCUUUAGAUCUGCUUUCUUUAAGGGAGCGUCAAACAGACUGCCAAAAUCCAGUUUCUCCUAAGAAACUGGUGGUCUCACGCUGCAAGCACGCAUGGGAGACAGUCUCUUUCCACAUGUGUUGUGCAUGGUCUCCCCACACAUCUGGGCACUCCCUGUGGGACUGGCAGACUUUUCCAGAUCUCCCCCCUCACACACACAAAAGUGGAAGGUUGAGGUUUCGGACUGUCCAUUUGGCUAACUUAGACAAAAAGCGUCUCCCAAAUUCCGGCCGAUUCACACUUCUCCAGAUUUUCCCCAGCCAACAAAUGCAGAUUUCGUAUGCCAUGUUUUAUAUAUUCAUGUUCUCCCAACUAGGCCCUUUUGAAAGAUAUCCUGCUGCAGAUUGAGAGGCACAGACAAGAUGGAUCUUUUGCUAUGAGCUGGAUGAAUAUAACUAGUCUUAAAUGUUUUGGACUACAGCUCCUGCCUCCCUACCCUCAGCCAGCUAUCUCUCUUUAAUUUAGUAGCAUGUAAGGGUCAGGAGGGGACGCUGGUGGCGCUCUUUAUUGGAUGGAUUUCCCCUAAAUUGAUUUCUGAAUUCUGAAUUUAUUGUUAUUCACAUUUUAUACUUUUAUGCUAUUUUUGUUGUUGCAUCAAUUACCGUAUUUUUCGCUCUGUAGGACACACUUUCCCCCUCCAAAAAUGAAGGGGAAAUGUGUGUGCGUCCUAUGGAGUGAAUGCAGGCUUUCGCUGAAGUGUGCACCGACCCCUCUCGCUCUCCAGGAUUCAGGAAGCUAUCCGCAAGCCCUCGGAGCGCGGCGGGAGUUCCCGCUGGUCUCCGAAGGCUUGCGGAUAGCAGCAAGCUCCAGGAGCGAAGGCGAAGUUGCUCGCAACCUUGCCGCCGCUCCCGGACCCGUUCUGGGGGCUGGGGUCGGGGGAAGCUCGGGCUUCCCCCACCCCAGGCCCGUGGCUAAAAAUGAAGCCAAGACAGCUAGCGGGAUAAAAAAAAAUUUCUUUAUCCCCCCCCCCCUUAAAAUCUAGGUGCGCCCUAUGGUCCGGUGCGCCCUAUAGAGCGAAAAAUACGGUAAGUGUUUUAAAUUUGUUGUUAGCUGCCCUGAGCCCGGUUUUCUGAACCGGGAAGGGCGGAGUAUAAAUAAAAAAAUUAUUAUUAUUAUUAUUAUUGUCUUGAACAGCCGGCAGGUACUGGUGAGGAGGCCAUGUUGAGCGUCGUCCGCUCGUACGACGACUUGAGCCGCAAGCUGUGGAAACUGGAGGGGCUGCCGCUGACGGUGACGUCCGUGCAGGGGGCUCACCCUGCCGUCCGAUAUACCGAUGUGAGUUUGAGCCAACGAAGGGGGGCUGUCGGAGGACACGCUCCGUCUGUUCAGACGGGUUUCCUGCGCCAGAAUGCACGCUUCCGUGGCAACGGUUUUCGUGGCGGGGCAGAUUGCGAGGGAGGCAGGUGCAUAAGGAAUAUUGUGCAUUAGGAUUUGGCCACCCUGGGGAGGGGGGAUCUGUUGGGAUACUGCCAGGGAGACGGGGGCUUCAGGCAGCCCUCCAGCUGGCUCUGGACGAUCACCGGUCUCCCAUGGAACAGCACCAGUCAGUUAGCGACACAAGCCUCAGAUAUGUUCCAAGACCCAUGCACAACCUUUCCGCAGAGGGUUUAAUCAUCCACGAUGGAAAAUUCAGACAGAGAGAGCAUAUUUACAGCUUUAUUCAGCGUAGUCAAGAACAAAGGCAAAAGCAUGACUACAUCCCUUCGUCUCCAGCGAAAACAGGUGGAGACCAAAGGUGGCCAAAGUACUGGAGCCUCAGCUUCACGAUCUGUCCUUCCAGUGAGCACUCAGGGCUGAUUUCCUUCAGAAUGGAGAGGUUUGAUCUUCUUGCAGUCCAUGGGACUCUCCAGAGUCUCCUCCAGCACCAGAAUUCAAAAGCAUCAAUUCUUUGGCGAUCAGCCUUCUUUAUGGUCCAGCUCUCACUUCCAUACAUCACUACUGGGAAAACCAUGGCUAACUAUAUGGACCUUUGUCUGUAUUUCAUUUUAUUUUAUAUGUGUGUGUGUGUGUGUGUGUGUGUGUGUGUGUGCGCGUGUGUGUGUGUGUGUGUGUGUGUAUAUAUAAAAUUAUUUAUUUAUUAUUAUUAUUAUCAUCAGCCCCCAGUGAAUUCUGCCUUUUAAAUGUCUAACAAAGGUGUCCCAGAGAGCCAUUGGCCACCCAGCUUCCUUGCAGCGCCUUACAAUUGGAGACUGGACAUUUUCUGCCAGGGUGUGUGUGUGUGUGUGUGUGUGUGUGUGUGUACCCUGAGGAUGUGCUGCUACCUCGAGAUCAUGCAUGGGUUCCCCUUUUUCUUGCUCCUCUUAACGUGCCUUCCUGGUUCUUUCUCAGGUCUUCCCUCCGGUGCCCGUGAAACCAGAUUACGCCUACCACGCCAGGAUUGAGGGCCGGGAGUCUCUUCUGCCCUUGGCGGAGAAGCCAUGCCCGGCUUAUUUAGCACCAAUGAAAGGCAAGGAUGGGUAAUGUGGGCGACACUGUCUCAAAGUGGGCAAGGGGCAUUGUGAGUCCCCUUACUGCUACUUCAUUUUGUAGUAACCAAACAAACCCCUGUGUUUCAAAGAGAACGUCAGCAAUGUCUAGGCAACGCAAUGACCAUGUACAUACGCAAUAGACAAUCUUUUUUUAAAAAUCUUUUUUAUUUUCAAUGCAAAAUUACAACAAAAAUUACAAACAUUAAAUCCAAAAUAAAACUAUACAAACAAGAAGAAAAACACAAAAAGGAAAAAAGAAAGAAAAGCACACAACUACAAAUAAAACCAUAUCUUCAUUCUAAUCUAGUUAUUACAUACAUAUAUACAUACUGAUUUCCUUCCUUUGUUCUAAGACCUCAACAAUUUUACUCUUUCUAAAUUGUUGUGUCUAAUGUAGAUUACCUCUUUAUACUUUUUACAUCAUUUUUCUUUAACCCUGCAAAGCAUCAUUCAUUACACAGACAAUCUUUAUAGAAUUCCUUCAAACCGUAACAGGUCCAAAAUGAAAUCUUUAGUCUCAAAGUCUCUGGAAAUCUUUAAAUGAAGCGAGGUACCAGACUUUGUAGUGUGACAGACAAGCUGUGAAGCUUUCUGUAUUCAGCAGAUAUGGUGUCCAACACUGAACAGUGAUUCCGGAUAUAGACUACUGUUCCAUAGAACUCUUCGUCAGCAUGGUGGGAGGAUAUAGAAUUGCUUCAUAAACCCAUCUUAUUUCGAAUGAAUGUAUGUAAAUGAAAAUAUCAAAUGCUGUGGAACAGUGCUCAUGUAAUAAUGGCACUGUUCCACAGCAUUUAAUAUUUUCAUUUACAGUGGUACCUCUGGUUGUGAUCUGGAUCCGUUCUGGAGCCCUGUUAGCAACCUGAAAGGAACGCAACCCGCAUCUGCACGUGCGGGUCGCGAUUUGCCGCUUCUGCGCUUGCGUGUGACGUCAUUUGGCGUGUCUGCGCAUGCGUGAGCAGCGAAACCCAGAAGUAACCCUUUCCAGUACUUCGGGAAGCAACCUGAAAAGACAUAUCCCGCAGCGUUCACAACCUGAGGUAUAACUGUACAUACAUUCAUUCAAAAUGAAUCAGAGAGUGGGAAGACCAAAAUUUUAAUAAGGAAUGGGGAAAAUUUAUAACUUAUCUUAAGAACCACUGUAAACAAUUAAAAUUGUUAGUAGGAUUAGAAUAUCACUUGUAAUCUAGUGGUGAGUUUUGGACACAAUGGCGAGGUAAAAGAUUUGGAUUAUUAUAAAAGAUGAGGGAGGAAAUGAUUAUAAUAAUAAUAAUUUAUUAUUUAUACCCCACCCAUCUGGCUGGGUUUCCCCAGCCACUCUGGGUGGCUUCCAACAAAAUAUUAAAAUACAAUAGUCCACCAAACAUUAAAAGCGUUCCUAAACAGGGCUGUGAAGGCAAGUUUAUUUAGUCAUUUAUUCUACUUAAUGAAAAUAUUAAUAAUAAUAAUAAUAAUAAUAAUAAAUAAUAAUAAUAAUAAUAAUUGUUUGUACCCCGUCUAUCUGGCUGGGUCUCCCCAUCCGCUCUCGGAGGCUUCCAACAAAGAUUAAAAAUACAUUAAAAUGUCACACAUUAAAAACUGCCUUCAGAUGUCUUCUAAAAGUCUGGUAGUUAUUUUUCUCUUUGGCAUCUGGUGGGAGGGUGUUCCACAGGGCAGGUGCCACUACCGAGAAGGCCCUCUGCCUGGUUCCCUGUCACUUGGCUUCUCGCAGCGAGGGAACUGAUUCACAAUAGGACCCACAAAGGGGAGGAGGGGAAGUCCAGGAGAUUCCUUGGAAUCUUGUUGAAUAAUGUGAAUGGAAAGUUUCAAUUUCAAAAACCAAAAAAAUGAAUUGAAAAAAGGGAAGAAGUUAGGUUAUCCCUGUCCAGACUGGGGCGCAGCUGAUGGAAGUCACCCCACACUUCCAAGGCCACAUGGGCUUCGGACAACAGCAAGGGGUCUAGGAAUACCCCCAAGCUACAUACUCGCUCCUUCAGAGGAAGUGUAACCCCAUCAACCUUCCAGCCAUCUGCUCUAGGGAACACUGCUUCGGUCUUAUCUGGAUGGAGCCUUAUCUGGAUCUUCGCCUGCCCUCCUCCUGCUUCCACGCUGCUCCUUGCGCCUUCUGUUAACUCUUUUGCCUCUUCCUUCCCUCUUGCACCAGUGAUCUGCCACAUGGAGGGCAGCGGCCAGUGGCCUCAGAGCAAGGAAGCCAUCCGGCGGGUCAAGGCCGCCUUCCAGCUGCGGCUGGCAGAACUUCUCCACCAGCAGCACCAUCUGCUCUGCAGAGCUUCGCCCACCUACACGGACGUCUAUAAGGUAAUUGUGCCGGAGGGUGGUUCGUGCACAUUUGGCCCCGCAGGUGCGCAGGAAGGUGGAAGCCGUUGCCUUGCGAAAUAUGACCAGGGGCCUGCUAUCUUGAGAGAGAGAGAGAGAGAGAGAGAUGGGAAGCAGGGCUCACUCCAUCAGUUCCGCUGUGACAGGCCAGCUCCAUCAAGUCUCCUCUCCUGUGACCUGGGGGCAGCCAUCGCUGGGAGAGAUGGAAAGCAGAAGGCUCAGCCAGUCAGCUUUGCUGAAAACCCGGUUCUGCCAGGCUCCUCCUACGCCUGAACUGUGCAAGCUGCCCAUUAUGAGAACAAAUGUUUAUAUAUUUGUGCUUGGGUUUGAUUUCUUCCUCUGCCCUCCUCACACCUUCUCCCUUGUGUGUCAUGUUUCUUUGACAUAGGCCUGUGGGCAUGGGCUGCUAAUAAUAAUAACAACAGUAAUUUAUUAUUUUUACUCCACCCAUCUGGCUGGGUUUCCCCAACAACUCUGGGCAGCUUCCAACAGAAUACAGUCAUACUUCGGGUUAGAGACGCUUCAGAUUGCGUUUUUUUGGGUUACGGACUGCCAAAACCCCGGAAGUAGCGGAAUGGGUUACUUCUGGGUUUUGGCGGUCGCGCAUGCACGGAAACGCUAAAACGAGCUUUGCACAUGUGCAGAAGCACCAACUCGCAACCUGCACAUGGGGGUUGCAAACAUGCAUCCUGCACGGAUCACGUUCGCAACCCUAGAGUCCACUGUAUUAAAAACACAAUAAAACAUCAAACAUUUAAAACUUCCCUAAACAGGGCUACGUUUCAGAUGUCUUCUAAAAGUCAGACGGUUGUUUAUUUCGUUGACAUUCCUUGACUACUCAGAAGGCCCUCUGCCUGGUUUCCUGUAACUUGGCUUCUUGCAGUGAGGGAACCGCCAGAAGGCCCUCGGAGCUGGACCUCAGUGUCCAGGCUGAACGAUGGGGGUGGAGAUGCUCCUUCAGGUAUACUGGGCCGAGGCCGUUUAGGGCAUUAAAGGUCAGCUGUAUUGCUUUAACGUCACUUUGGGAUACAGGUGCUCUCAAUACACUAUCAUAACCAUUUCACAUGCAGACUCCUCCUGAUAAAUCUGAAGCAAAUUCAGAAUAUUGCCCCUAGCUUUGGGCAGCUAUUCCACCCUGCUGUCCUCAGCAGCGCCCAGCACCACACGUUCCAUAAUCUUGAAGGGAUUUUGGCUCUCUGGGACCCUUUUCCUGCCACAAACUUCGCUUGGCUUUGUGGUGGUUGGUGGACUCAUCUCUGAGCCGCUCGCACGGAGAGGAUGACUCUCUAAGGGCUGAGAUUCAGGACUUCUGGCUUUCUGGUGUGCAUCUUGCACCACUCUUGUGUAAAGUUCACCAUCAGGUCCAGAAAGGCCACCUUACCCUGACUUUUGGUGCAAAUUGGUCUCUUGCCUCCUUCCUUUGCGCCCUAAUUGUAUUUAUUUAUUAAAUUUUAUACCCAUCAUAGCUGUCAACUUUUCCCUUUUCUUGCGAGGAAUCCUAUUUUAAUAAGGAAAUUUCCCUUAAAAAAGGGAAACGUUGACAGCUAUGAUACCCAUAGGUCUCAGGGCAGUUGACAACAUAAAAUUACAAUAUAAAAACACAGAAUACAUAAUAAAAACACAGAAUAUAUAAUAAAAAACACAGAAUAUAUAAUAAAAACAAAAAGCCAAGACAACCCAAUGAUCUUCCCUUCCACAACACAUUCAAAAGGGCACCAGGUGUCCAUAAGCCAAAGGCCUAGUUGAAGGGGAAAGUUUUUGCCUUGAACUUCUGCUGCUCCUGAGAUUUUCUUUACUUUUGCGCUUUUAAUUUAACAUUUCUAAUUUACUGCACGUGGCUCUGAAUUGCAAUAUUUUAUGGAACUCGCCCUGGGGUCAUUGGGUGAAGAGCAGGUUUUCGGCAUGGACCCAAGACGGUGGGCUGAUGUUGGAUGUUGGAAGAUUCAGGACUGUGGAACUUCCUCCCACAAGAGACAGUGAUGAUCACAAACUUAGAUUAGGGAAAUGUAUGGAGGAGAAGGCUAGGAAUGGCUGCCAGCCAUGAUGGCUGUGCCCUGCGCUCCAGGGUCAAAGGCAGCAAAGCUACAGAAUCCCAGUUGCUAGAAACUGCAGGAUGGGAAGGGAGGUCUUGUGUUCGAAUCCUGAUCACUGGUUCCCCCAGGCAUCGGCUUUGCCCCUGUGAGACCAGGAUGCUGGGCUGAUCCAUCAGGCUUUUAAGAAGCAAAUAAUUUCCCCUCCUGCUCCUCCUCUUUCUCAGGACGGCUAUGUCUUCCGCCUCCAAGUGGCCUACCACCGAGAGCCCCAAAUCCUGAAGGAGGUGGUCACCCCCACAGGCAUGCUGAAACACGAGGUCACGGAAGAAUCCAUGCAGCUGGAAGUGGAGACCCUGCACCUGCCGUUCUUGACCAGCUCACUUCACGGGUAAGCGGGGAGAAUGAUGCCUGCGACACACAAUGGUCGUGGUAUUCCCCUGAAUCCCAAUUGAUGGGAAUCACAAGGGCAGAGAGCAUGGCUUGCACAGUCCAGUCCUCCUUGCGGGCUUUCCGCAAUGCACACUUAAUAAUAAUAAAUAAUAAAUAAUAAUGCCAUCCAUCUAUCUUGGGAGACAAAGGAGGAAUGUGCCUUUGGGGGUGAAGUCAAACUAUUGGGAGGUUCAGAACCUGCUGUGGCUGUAGAGACCGAUGUGGGAGAGACAUGUUUUGUUGCAGCUGGAGCAAAUGAAGGCGUCCAGUUGUCCAUGGCAUUUCUUCUCUCUGCACUCCUCCCAGUGGUCAGUCCUCCUCUGGUCAUUGCAGCAGCAGCAGCAGCAACAAUUUAUUACUUAUACCCCGCCCACCUGGCUGGGUCUCCCCAGCCACUCUGGGCAGCUCCCAACAGAAUAUUAAAAACACGAUAAAACAGCAAACAAUAAAAACUUCCCUAAACAGGGCUGCUUUCAGGUGUCUUCUAAAACCCAGAUAGUUGUUUAUUUCCUUGACAUUUGAUGGGAGGGCGUUCCACAGGGCAGGCGCCACCACCGAGAAGGCCCUCUGCCUGCUUCCCUGUAACCUCACUUCUCGUAGGGAGGGAACUGCCAGAAGGCCCUCGGAGCUGGACCUCAGUGUUCGGGCUGUACGAUGGGGGUGGAGACACUCCUUCAGGUAUAGAGAGAUUCCCACUCGGCAGAGUUGAUGUCGCCAGUCAUCAUAAUAAUAGCUUUUUUGGUUUGCUUUCCAUUGCCUUCGGAUUAUGGUGAUGUUGCCGGCAGAUUUGGCAACGGGUCUCAAAUUGUUUGCUUCCUCCUUACAGCCUCCAGCAGCAACAUUCUGCUUUCAGUGGCUGCUGCCGUCUCGCCAAGCGCUGGAUCAGCGCUCAACUGCUGAGCAACAGCGUCUCGGAGGAAUGCGUGGACUUAUUGGUGGCCUCCCUCUUCCUGUCCCCAGCACCCUUCACUGUGCCCAGGUAAGGGCCCAGACAGCGGGACACCUGCUUCACAACCACCUGAGUCUGUUACACUUUUUUAAUUGCUCCUUGGUCAGGUUUUGACGUCCCUUCCAUGAAUAGGAGCAGUCUACCUGUGAGUGCUGGGGGCAGCACCAUCUUGUGUUUGUGGUGUUCCCAAAAUACGAACCUACCCUGAACAUGCUCCUUGCUGGAUCAGACCCCACAGCACUUUUUAUCCUAAAAGGCAAGGGGUUCAACGGGAUGACCCUUUGGUCAUGUGGCUUAGGGCCCUCGUAUUUACGGGACCAUAUGAAUUACCAUAGUUUAGAGGUCCCAGGCCCUAAGGAAGUGAGACUACCCUCCACCAGGGCCAGGGCCUUCUCAGUGAUGGCUCCCACCUGGUGGAAUGCUCUGUCCCAUGAGACUAGGGCCCUUCAGGAUUUAACCUCCCAAAGGGAAGGAAACUGCUGAAAAGGUUUGCUGACCCCUGGUCUAAACCACGGAGCCUCUUGAUCAAAAGGUCGGUGGUUCGAAUUCCCGCAACAGGGUGAGCUUCCAUUGCUCUGUCCCAGCUCCUGCCAACCUAGCAGUUCGAAAGCACACCAGUGCAAGUAGAUAAAUAAGUACUACUGCAAUGGGAAGGUAAACGGCAUUUCCGUGCGCUCUGGUUUCCGUCACGGUGUUCUGUUGCGCCAGAAGCAGUUUAGUCCUGCUGGCCACAUGACUCGCAAAGCUAUCUGUGGACAAACGCCAGCUCCCUCGGCCUGAAAGCGAGAUGAGCGCCGCAACCCCAUAGUUGCCUUUGACUGGACUUAACUGUCCAGGGGUCCUUUAUCUUUUUAAAAAAACCUUUUAAGUCAGUUUUGUUUCAACAAACUUUCCCAGUUAGGUGAACAGACCUCCUCUGCCUGGACUGUUCGUUUCGUGUUCUUUUUAAACUUCUGCUGUUGGACUGCUUUUAAAAUUAUUCUAUCUCUUUAUAAGAGUACAGUCAUGCCUCAUGUUACAGAUGCUUCAGGUUGCGUCCUGCGGCAACCUGGAAGUACUGGAAAGGGUUACUUCCGGGUUUCGCCGCUCACGCAUAUGCAGAAGCGCUAAAUUGCACCGCGCACCUGAGCAGAUACGGUGCUUCAGGUUGCGCUCUUUUCAGGUCGCAAAUGGGCCUCCAGAACAGAUCCUGUUCACAACCAGAGGUACCACUGUGUGUCCUUCAGCUGGCUUGAGACCUGUAUAUGAAAUGAAUAUAAUACACAGUAAAGGUAAAGGGACCCCUGACCAUUAGGUCCAGUCAUGGGCGACUCUGGGGUUUCGGCACUCAUCUCACUUUACUGGCCGAGGGAGCCGGCAUACAGCUUCCGGGUCAUGUGGCCAGCAUGACUAAGCCGCUUCUGGCGAACCAGAGCAGCGCACGGAAACGCCGUUUACCUUCCCGCCAGAGCGGUACCUAUUUAUCUACUUGCACUUUGACGUGCUUUCGAACUGCUAGGUUGGCAGGAGCAGGGACCGAGCAACGGGAGCUCACCCCAUCGCGAGGAUUCGAACCACCAACCUUCUGAUCGGCAAGUCCUAGGCUCUGUGGUUUAACCCACAGCGCCACCCGCGUCCCUAUAAUACACAAUACAGCUAAAAUAAUGCUGCCUUUCGUGACUCUUCUCUCCCUGCAGCUCCCCGCAAGUGGGAUUCCUUCGGUUCCUUUUCCUGCUCACCACUUUUGACUGGAAGAACAGCCCCCUCAUCAUCAACCUGAAUGCUGAGCUGAACGGUGAGAGAGGUGGAGGGAGGGACAGUAGAAACAGAGAGAGCCUGCAGGAUCAGGCCCGUGGUCCCUCUUUCCAGCACCCUGUUCUCACAGUGGCUGAUGAGAUGUCGGUGGAAACCUGCAACAGGAUCCGAGCACAAGAGCAACAAUCUCUCCUUCAGUGGUUUCUAGCACCUGGCAUCCAUAGAAUCAUAAAAUUGUAAUAAAUAAUAUAUAAUAAUAAUAAUAAUAUUAAUAAUAAUAAUAAAAUAAUUUAUUAUACCCCGCCCUUCCCGGUUUAAAACCGGGCUUAGGGCGGCUAACAACAAAUUUAAAACACUUAAUUAUAAAAACAGCAUAAAAUACAAUAUAAAAAUGUGAAUGACAAUAAAAUUCAAAAAUCAAUUAUAUAAUCCCUAGGGCUAAGCUGGCUGAAUUGGUCGUACUUGGGCCAGUGAGGAGGCCUGGGGAGAAUUCGCUGGGGGGUCUCAGAUCGUGAUCAUAAAAGAGGACGGGGAGGGAAGAGAAGGGAAAUAAAAGAUCAGGCUGAAUUCAAAUUAAAGGCCAGGUCGGAACAGCUCUGUCUUACAGGCCUGACGGAAGGAGGUUAAAUCCUGAAAGGCCCUGGUCUCCUGGGACACAGCAUUCCACCAGGGUGGAGCCCACACUCAGAAGGCCAUGGCCCUGGUGGAGGAUAAUCUGGCUUCCUUAGGGACCGGGACAUCUAAACUAUGGUUAUUCAUGGACCUUAAGGUCCUCUGUGGGGCAGACCAGGAGAGGCGGUCCCGUAGAUACGAGGGUCCCGUAGAUACUUGUAGAGUUGGAAGGGACUGCAUGUGUGUGUGUGUGUGUGUGUAUGUGUAUGUAUAAUCUAGUCCAACCCCUUGCAAUGCAGGAAUAUUUUUCCCAGUGUGAGUCUUGAAUGCACGACCCUGAGAUUAAGAGUCUCAUGCUCUAUCGACUGAGCUGCUCCAUCAUAUUGUAAAAUUAACAGGAUGAACAAGCUAGCCGCUAAAUUGCAUACAUAGCCUGGUCACAUAGAAUCAUAGUUGGAAGGGACCCUGAGGCUCAUCUAGUUCAGAAGCAUCUUUUCCUCUGACUGUGGAGGCAGAACUGAGGAGCCGCUGAUAGCCUCUCUUCCUCCAUGAAUUUGUCUAACUGUCCUUUCAAGCCGUCCAAGUUGGUGGCCUCCUGUGGAAGUGAGUUCCAUAGUUUAGGUGCUGCGUACUUCCUUUUAUCUGUCCGGAAUCUCCCAACUUCCAGCUUCCCUGAGUCUUCCUUUCCUUAGGGAAGCCUCUUCCAUGCUGACCAGUCUCUGAGGUUUCCUUGCCAUAGGGCUCGUCUUGGAAGAAUUAAGAGGCCAAACCUUCCUUGUUAGGAUUAGUACGAUGAUUUCCUGGUUUCCUUUCGCCUUCCUUCCAAGGAGGGCUUAGCAACCUGAUCCCCGCAGUGAAGCCAGGUGCUUUUGCAAUUGCAAUCCAGCUUGCCAAACCUCCCUGCUCCUUUUGUUGCAAAGAACAUCCGACUUUGCUGUGUUAACAUCGCCCAGAGCGUGCUAAAUCGCUCUUUUCUUCUCGUUGUUUGGAACAUGAGAAAUGACUUGGCCGGGUCCUGCAUUCCAUCUCCUGCCAGUACCCCAGAGAGAUGCCUCUGGGAGGUUGCAGGCAGAGCAGGAAAGGAGUUGCUCUCGUUGUUGGUGGCCCCAGCACCUUCUAUUCAGAGGUAUACUUCCCUUAUACAUGGAGGCUUCAUUUUCUUGCUGCGGUAAUGGCAGCGGAUAGACCUCCUCGUUGAAUUUACCUUGGCUUUUCCCCUUCAUAUAUAUUUUUUUUAAGGGAGGAUCUUGGAGUCCAGCAAGACAUGGGUUGAAUUUCUCGUGGCUUUUAAAGAGAUGUCUGAUUUGGCCACAGUGAUAAAUGCCUUAAUUGCUUCCUAUGUGGAUGAUAAUAAAAUGCUCUGCAGGGGCUGCUGCCUUUAAAAGUGCUACGAAACAUCAACAGACCCAAAUUGCUGCAGCCAGACUAUUGACUGGGGCUGGUUAUAGGGAGCAGGCGACUUCCUUGUUACAACCGUUCCAGUAGCUUGUUGUUGUUUAGUUGUUUAGUUGUGUCCGACUCUUCGUGACCCCCUGGACCAGAGCACGCCAGGCACUCCUGUCUUCCACUGCUUCCUGCAGUUUGGUCAAACUCAUGCUGGUAGCUUCGAGAACACUGUCCCACCAUCUCGUCCUCUGUCGUCCCCUUCUCCUUGUGCCCUCCAUCUUUCCCAACACCAGGGUCUUUUCCAGGGAGUCUUCUCUUCUCAUGAGGUGGCCAAAGUCUUGGAGCCUCAGCUUCACGAUCUGUCCUUCCAGUGAGCACUCAGGGCUGAUUUCCUUAAGAAUGGAUAGGUUUGAUCUUCUUGCAGUCGAUGGGACUCUCAAGAGUCUCCUCCAGGACCAGAAUUCAAAAGCAUCAAUUCUUCGGCGAUCAGCCUACUUUAUGGUCCAGCUCUCACUUCCAUACAUCACUACUGGGAAAACCAUACCAUUCCUGUAGCUACCCAUCUGUUUUUGGCUCCUCAUUCAUCUGCAAAUCGGUUCCUGUAAGAACUGCCCUCCCGCCUUCUGGUCUCUUCUGGCUAAUUUAAAUGCUGGAGGAACCUUUGCAAGGACACUGGCCAAUUUAGACAGUUUCCCCAUUCCUUGCAAAAAUAAGAUACUUAAUCUUGGCUGGCUUUCUACCGAGUUCUUUGCAAAGUCAUUUCCAUCCUUAGUAUUUUACCUUUCCCACCACCUGCUUCUGUGCACACACAGCUCAUGAAACCAGUUAGUUCCCUCAUUUAGAAGUCUUGUCUAGAUAAGCUUGGUUUGCACCUUGUACUUAUUUUAGAUCAUCAUUCUUUUUUAAAUGACAUUAGUAAAUGUCAACAGUUCAGAAACUGGGAGGGGGAGACCAGGCUGUCCACUGAUUCAAAGGUCUAGUUGAAGGAGGUACAGUGGUACCUCGGGUUGCAUACGCUUCACGUUUCAGACUCUGCUAACCCAGAAAUAGUGCUUCAGGUUAAGAACUUUGCUUCAGGAUGAGAACAGAAAUCGUGCUCUAGUGGCGCGGCGGCACAGGAGGCCCCAUUAGCUAAAGUGGUGCUUCAGUUUAAGAACUGUUUCAGGUUAAGAACAGACCUCCGGAACGAAUUAAGUACUUAACCUGAGGUACCACUGUAUAAUUCUCUGUCUGCUGACCCAAACCACCUCCUUAUUCCAAGGCAAAAAUAAUUCCAACCCCAUGGAGUUGAGACAACUUAUAUCAUUUACCUGCUGUGCGGUUCUGCAAUAGGCGUUCUGUUUGCUUGCCGAGUUUGAAAAGUAGCACAUGCGUCGAAGCUCGUAAACGUCUCAAGAGUGAGUGCCUGUUAUCUAUAAUAUUUGGAUCAUUCAGCCUUGUGGAAACACAGAUGGCUCAUUAAUGAUAUGGGAAGCAGAUCUGAGCUUUGAUGUGCCAUAUGUCAUAAAGCCUCGCUUAAGACUGUCUCCACCAGAAUUAAAGCUUUCCCAUGACUGGUGCCUUCUCCCACUUAAUCUCCGCUGCACAUAUAAAACACUCUCAGCAUGCUUUUGGCAAGAGGGUCGAAUGAAAACGCUGACAUGUCAGAGAUUUGUGAGGUCAUCCCCAGAUUUUGGACGCAGGAACGCUAAGCAAUAAGCCAGAUAACAGGGCUCUCCUCUGCCAGUGCUGCCUUCCAUGGGCACAUUCCCCAAAGAACUGAAAAUUUUAGCAUGCGGACAGUAGACAAUACCUUGCUUUACUGCCUAGCCACGGAAAACUGGGGGUCUGUUUGCUCUCGUUACAAUACGAUAAUCUUUAUUGUCAUUGUCCCAUACAGAACAACGAAAUUGAAAAAUCUACAUAAGACAUUCGAAAACCAACAAGCCUGCUAUCCCAGCUAUCCCAACCUGGUUAGCCCCCUAAAAACUCUGAUACCCCAUUUUUAAAUACAAUAUACUCCCACAAAGACUACCUUAAAGGUAAAGGGACCCCCUGACCAUUAGGUCCAGUCGUGGCCGACUCUGGGGUUGCGGCGCUCAUCUUGCUUUAUUGGCCGAGGGAGCCGGCGUACAACUUCCGGGUCAUGUGGCCAGCAUGACUAAGCCGCUUCUGGCGAACCAGAGCAGCGCAUGGAAACGCUGUUUACCUUCCCGCCGGAGCGGUACCUAUUUAUCUACUUGCACUUUGACGUGCUUUUGAACUGCUAGGUUGGCAGGAGCAGGGACCGAACAACGGGAACUCACCCCAUCGCGGGGAUUCGAACCGCCAACCUUCUGAUCGGCAAGUCCUAGGCUCUGUGGUUUAACCCACAGCGCCACCCGCGUCCCUAAAGACUACCUUACACUGUGUUUAAAACCAAAAUCACAUUUGGAUAGAAACUGUUUCUCAGGCGGCUAGUCCUAGUCUUUAUAACCCUGUACCUUCUUCCAGAAGGCAGAAGCUGAAAGAGAUCAUUUUCGGGGUGCACACUAUCCUGCGCGGUCUCUGCAGCUUUCUUAUGGCACCUGGAAGCGUAGAUUUGAUCCAAGGUGGGAAGAGUGCACCCAGUUAUUCUCUCCGCAGUCUUUACAACCCUGGCCAGCAUGGUUUUUCCCCUGACCGUGCAGCUCCCAAACCACACACUCAGACUUAAGAACAUAAGAAGGCCCUGCAGGAACAGGCCAAUGGCCCAUCUAGUUCCAGACAUUUAAAAACCUCUAAAACAGCAAUUUAACAGUUUACCUCUAUUGUUGUUCUGUUAAUGGUUCUCUUGGCCUUGCAGCUUUUAUCCAUUUCCGCAGUCACACAAUCAAUCAGUCGCUGAACUGGGUUCCCCACAGUCACAAAAACAAAAAAUUCAAUAAAAAUGCAAAAUUAAUAGCAAAAGCAGACAGACCUCAGCGUAGCACUCAGAACGGAAGCGUUGCACUCAAAACGGAGCACGUUUGACUUCUGAAGAAAGUUCACAAACUGGAACACUUACUUCCGGGUUUGCAGCGAUCGGGUUCCAAGUUGUUCAAGAACUAAGGCGGGUUCAGCAAACUUUUUCAGCAGGGGGCCGGUCCAUUGUCCCUCAGACCUUGUGGGUACUGACUGUUUGCAGAUUAGUUGCGCUGUAGAGAGCUUGCGCUACAGAGACCACACAUUACAAGGAACGCAAAAUAACCUUUUGCUAGGUUUUAAUAACAAAACAAAACUCCUUUUACAUUAAUUAUAAUAGAUCAAUAAGCAUGACCCAACCACCAGGGUACUGAGAAAGCUAGGUGCUGCUCUUUAUAUACUAUACCCAACAGCUUAAUUAUCACACCUUAACAGCACCUGCUAUACUGCUUCACAGCUGUAAAACUAGGUCACGUUAUUUGCUCUGGCCCUUAAAGAAAUACACAUCUGGUGGAACAAUAAUGAACCUUCAGAUUUAAAGAGACCAUUCAACAGUGGGGGGCCGGACUAUUUUUUUUGGGGGGGGGGGGGAAAUGAACGAAUUCCUAUGCCCCACAAAUAGCUCAGAGAUGCAUUUUAAAUAAAAGCACACAUUCUACUCAUGUAAAAACACGCUGAUUCCCAGACCAUCAGUGGGCCGGAUUGAGAAGGCGAUUGGGCCGGAUCCGGGGCCUUCGUUUGCCUACCCAUGGACUAAGCUGUUCGGAAACCAAGGUACCACUGUAUUGAGAAGCAUUGCUGCCUCUGGCUGUGCCUGUUUUGACUGACUACAAGAGCGGAGCGUGUCCCCAGUUUUAACCCGAAAUAAAUGAAUAUAGAAGGACAGAAUAUUUCUAUGCCUAAUGAACAGUGUGGUCAAAUGAACAAAUAUUAGGCUCAGAAAGGUGGCUUCAACUUCCAUCGCCCGCCCCAACCUCUUCCAACCAAUUAUAGUGGUACCUCAGGUUAAGUACUUAAUUCAUUCCGGAGGUCCGUACUUAACCUGAAACUGUUCUUAACCUGAAGCACCACUUUAACUAAUGGGGCCUCCUGCUGCAGCCGUGCCACUGGAGCAUGAUUUCUGUUCUCAUCCUGAAGCAAAGUUCUUAACCUGAAGCACUAUUUCUGGGUUAGUGGAGUCUGUAACCUGAGCGUAUGAAGCGUAUGUAACCCAAGGUACCACUGUAUUCAGACAAUCCACACUCUGCCUCUCCAGGAACAUAGAUCUGCUCUUGUAAUCUGCCUCCACGCAGCCUAAUCGAGGGGCAGCUAGAUGGUGGGAAGAGAGUUCAUUUAAUUUUUAUCAUGGCAUUUGGAGGAAGGAGUCUCUUUCUCUGUGUUGAUCAGAGGCUCAGGAAGCAGCAUCACUGCAUUUUUUCAGAUUUGCAGAUCCCGAGGCAGACAGGAGCAAAGGUUAUCUCGUUCACCUCCUGACUCAGAGAAAGGAGUGUCUGCUCCCAGUGCUCCAGAGCUUGACUUCUGUAUUAAUGAAACCAGAAGCCUGGGCACCAUUUUGCUAAAGAGGCCUGCAGUCCAAAUAUUUCCUCGUGAAACAACUCAACAAGAUUAAUCGUCGCUUUUCUAGGAGCUUGUAAUUUCCUGCCUUAAAGGUCCAUUAAAGUAUAGCACAGCAGGAACAUCCCGCCCCCCUUAUCUUGGAGCAGAGCAGAGCAUUCUGAAAAAUUUCAGCUGUCCUUUUUUUUUUUUUAAAAAAAAAGAUCUGAGUGGCAGGUUUCUAGUUCUCAUGGCUGUGAAGGAGGAGGUGUUUGGAUUUGAUAUCCCGCUUUAUCACUACCUGAAGGAGUCUCAAAGCGGCUAACAUUCUCCUUUCUCUUCCUCCCCCACAACAAACACCCUGUGAGGUGAGUGGGGCUGAGAGACUUCAGAGAAGUGUGACUGGCCCAAGGUCACCCAGCAGCUGCAUGUGGAGAAGCAGAGACGCGAACCUGGUUCCCCAGAUUACGAGUCUACUGCUCUUAACCACUACACCACACUGGCUCUCAUUAGACUACAAGCGUUAUUCCAAUCCUACGAACGAUUUUAACUGUUUACAAUGGUUCUUAAGAUAAGUUAUAAAUUUCCCCAUUCCUUAUUAAAAUUUUGGUCUCCCUGAUUUCUGAUUCUUCCGGUCAUUUUAGCCAUUUCAGCAUAAUCCAUCAACUAGAUCUGCCAUUCGUCUCCGGUAGGGACUUUAUCUUCUUUCCAUCUCUGGGCCAAUAACAUCCGUGCGGCCGUGGUCGCAUAAAUGUAUAGUCUGCUCCCUUGAGAUUUCGGCACCUAGAAUUCCUAAAAUAAAGGCUUCAGGUUCCCAGAUGACGAUGAAGGCAGCACCCAACCACAAAGCCACCGAACCACAGUGAAGGUGUGUUUUCAAAGUGUGUGUGCAAUAGCCAGCGAGGUGUCCGACUCAGAUUUCUAGACCUUGGGUUGGUGUGGGGCUCAGUGCUCAGUGUUUCUCCAUGCCUGGCAAAAUCUGGAUAAAGUAUUCCGGUAUACCGAUGUGAUCUAACGUAUUUUUUGCUCUAUAAGACUCACUUUUUCCCUCCUAAAAGUAAGGGAAAUGCGUGUGCGUCUUAUGGAGCGAAUGCAGGCUGCUUGGCUAUCCCAGAAGCCAGAACAGCAAGAGGGAUUGCUGCUUUCACUGCGCAGCGAUCCGUCUUGCUGUUCUGGCUUCUGAGAUUCAGAAUAUUUUUUUUCUUGUUUUCCUCCUCCAAAAACUAGGUGCGUCUUGUGGUCUGGUGCAUCUUAUAGAGCGAAAAAUACGGUAUUUGCACCUUUGAUGCAGAUUGCAGAAUUCAUCGUGUUCUCCAAAACUUCACUCCUUUUUUAAAAAAAACUGCUUCAUCUCCAAGAUGAAAAGACCCUGGGUUGGCUGGUGCUGGGGCUCUGUAGGUUUCUUUUUUCUUCAUAUUAAUUUUAUUAAAAGUUUUCAGCAUACAGUCAUACCUCGGGUUGAAUAUGCUUCAUGUUGAGCGUUUUCGAGUUGCACUCCGCGGCAACCUGGAAGUAACGGAGCACGUUACUUCCGGGUUUCGCUGCCCGCGCAUGCACAGAUGCUCAAAAUGACGUCAUGCGUGGAAGCGGUGAAAAGCGACGUGUGCGUGCGCAGGCACGCCGUCGCUACUUACGUUUGCUUCUGGAUGCGAAGGGGCUCCGGAACGGAUCCUGUUCGCAUCCCGAGGUACCACUGUAUAAUGCAGUAAAAACCAAAUAGAAAUACGACCAAAAAAAAAAAAAUCAGAAAAAGGAAGAAAAAGAUAUAAGAGGAGAAGAAAAGAGGGAUGUCAGGGAACUGACAUCGGAGCUAGAGGCGGAGGGAAGGCUCUCAAAUGAUGCUGGAGAAGGGCCCAGCAGGGAGAGAGGCAGCUCCGCAGAUGGGGAAGCAAAUCAGCGCUACACGAGGGAUAAGGAGGGGCUGAUGGGGGAAUUGGCGAGAGGGCUCCAGGACUCUUCACCGGACACCAGCGGGGAGAGCACUGGUCCCCCGCUACCCACGCCCACCCUGCGCAGAAGACUUCCGCGCAGAGAGAGUAGGAGGAGACUGGGUGUCAAACAACUUUUAUGUUGGAAAAGAUUUAAGAAACGCCCACUGACGGAUUCUGCUAGCGACUGAGGCAGCCACGAAGUGAAGGGCUGCCCAGGCUGAAAGGUUUACCAAGGCAACAAAGCCUGGAGAGGCGGCAACUUACGCACGAGCAACCCAUACUCAUUAUAAAGGAGAAAAAGAAAAAAGAAAGAAAAAGCAAAGAAAUACAACCACAACAAAUCUAUCCAUCUAUCGUCCUCUAUCUCUGCUAUAUCUUAACUCUCAAUCCGCAUACUGAGAAGUGAAUCUUCACAGCUCUCAGUAUUGUCGGUGUGCAUAUAUUACGCCUUUACAUCCUCCACCAUGGGUCCAAGGCUUCCCAACCUGGUGCCCUCGAGGUGCAGUUGGACUGCAGCUCCCACCAAUCCCAGCCCAGCCCAUGGUCAAGGGAUGAUGGCAGCUGCAUCCCAUCACCAUCUAUCUGGAGGGUCGCAGGUGUGGCAUAGGUGGAUCGUGCCUCUGUAGGGGAAUGCAGGCAGCUUGUGGGCGGUGCUUGUGGUUCGGUGCUGCCUUCAUCGUGAUCUGGGAACCUGAAGCCUUUAUUUUAGGAAUUCUAGGUGCCAAAAUCCCAAGGGAGCAGGCUAUUUAUGCAACCACGGACGCACAGAUGUUAUUGGCCCGGAGAUGGAAAGAAGAUAAAGUCCCUACCGGAGAAGAAUGGCAGAUCAAGUUGAUGGAUUACGCUGAAAUGGCUAAAAUGACCGGAAGAAUCAGAAAUCAGGGAGACCAAAAUUUUAAUAAGGAUUGGGGGAAAUUUAUAACUUAGCUUAAGAAUCAUUGUAAACAGUUAAAAUCGUUUGUAGGAUUGGAAUAACGCUUGUAGUCUAAUGGUGAAUUUGGACACAGUGGAGAGGUAAAAGAUUUGGAUUAUUAUGAAAUAUGCAGGAGGAAAUGACGAACAAUAGGACCCACAAAGGGGAGGAGGGAAAUCCAGGAGAUUCCUUGGAAUCUUGUUUCUAUGUGGUAUAGGGUAAAGGGACCCCUGACCAUUAGGUCCAGUCGUGGCCGACUCUGGGGUUGCGGCGCUCAUCUUGCUUUACUGGCCGAGGGAGCCGGUGUACAGCUUCCAGAUCAUGUGGCCAGCAUGACUAAGCCGCUUCUGGUGAACCAGAGCAGCGCACGGAAACGCCGUUUACCUUCCCGCCGGAGCGGUACCUAUUUAUCUGCUUGCACUUUGACGUGCUUUUGAACUGCUAGGUUGGCAGGAGCAGGGACCCAGCAACGGGAGCUCACCCCGUCGUGGGGAUUCGAACCGCCGACCUUCUGAUUGGCAAGUCCUAGGCUCUGUGGUUUAACCCACAGCGCCACCCUAUGUGGUAUAUAUGACUGUAAAAUUUUAAUCUGAAAAGCCAAAUAAAUACAUUAAUAAAAAUAAAUAAAUAAUCGUGAUCUGGGAACACGAGGAACUGCCUAGUUUAGAAUCUAGCCCUGUGAUGUCUACACUGGUGGGCAGCUGCAGCUUCCCUAGGCAGGGGACAUGCCUGACCAGCCCUACCUGAAGAUGGCUGUGAUUGAACCGGAGUUUUUCAGUGAGAUGGUCCUUCUUUUCUCUUGUCUCUUGCAUCGAGUGUUGUAACAGGAGGGCGCCAGAGAAACUUUGUCCGCUCCCCCCCCCGUUGCAGCGACUUCUGCUGUCUGACGCCAUGAUGUUUUUGCAUCCAGAUGCAGAUUACGUGGAGAUCAGGAACCAUUUUGUGGCCGCCCGGCCGCGCCUCCCCGUCAUGUUCAUCGCCACCCCCAGGGACCGCCAGGACUCGGCGUGGACCAAGGAGAAGCCCUCUGCGCAGGUGAGCCCAGCUGCAGCCUUCAUCCCCUGGUUGGGCAGGUCAAACCUUUACUUCCCGGCCUCUUCCGAUCUGUCCUCUCUCAUUGAAGCCUUUUCAACACUGCUAAAAUUGAACACAGCAAAGGAUGUUUGAGGUGGCAGUGCGUGGGUUUUCCCCAGUGCUUUUUAUUUGUGGGGGCUGCAGGAGUAUGCAUACGCUUAAACAUUUUGUGAAUCUAAGUUUGGCCUCAUUGAGGGGGCAAUAUGAGUAAGAAAAUGAGAGAAGCCCUAAACAUUUUUUUAGGAAAAAAGCACUGGUUCUCCCCUUCCUCAUCUUUUUUUUUAUAUACAGUGGUACCUCGGGUUACAUACGCUUCAGGUUAUGUACGCUUCAGGUUACAGACUCCGCUAACCCAGAAAUAGUACCCCGGGUUAAGAACUUUGCUUCAGGGUGAGAACAGAAAUCGUGCGGCAGCGGCGCGGCAGCAGCGGGAGGCCUCAUUAGCUAAAGUGGUGCUUCAGGUUAAGAACAGUUUCAGGUUAAGAACGGACCUCUGGAACGAAUUAAGUACUUAACCCGGGGUACCACCGCAUACCGUAUUUUUCACUCCAUAAGACGCACCAGACCAUAAGGUGCACCUAGUUUUGGGAGGAGGAAAACAAGAAAAAAAAUAUUCUGAAUCCCAGAAACCAGAACAGAAAGAGGGAACUGGCUUCUGGGAUAGCCUCUGGCUGUUCUGGCUACUAGGAUAGCUGCGCCAAGCCUCUUCAGGGCAGCGGGAUGAAGGCUCCCCCUGCUCGAAGAAGCUGCGUGUGGCAGAAGCCAGGAGAGGCGCUUCGCUGAAGGGGCACUGCGCAGUUCUCCCUCUCUGCGCAGCGCCAUUCGCUCCAUAAGACACACUCACAUUUCCCCUUACUUUUUAGGAGGAAAAAAGUGCGUCUUAUGGAGCGAAAAAUACGGUAUCUAAAUUUUUUAUUAGUUUUUUGACGUAUCAUUUUCAACAAUUAAACAUACUUUUAUAUCUUAUACAAUUUUUUGACUUCCAUCAAUCACAUCUGAAGAUUUUUCCAAUCUAUUCAUUUAAUAUACAUUUCUAGGUUAGGCUGACUGGUGCAAGGUCACCCAGUGAGUUUCGUGACGGAUUUGGGGAUUUGAACCCUGGUCUCACAGGUCCUAGUCUAGCCCAGUGUCUCCCAAGCUUUUUCAAGCCACUGCCCCCUUGGUUCUAUAAACUCACGCCCACUGCCCCCUACAGCACCCUAUGAAAAAGCCUUUAUUCAUAAUGGCACACCCCACUCAGGAAGGUAAAAGGUAAAGGGACCCCUGACCAUUAAGUCCAGUCAUCGCCGACUCUGGGGUUGCGGCACUCAUCUCACUUUACUGGCCGAGGGAGCCAGUGUACAGCUUCCAAGUCAUGUGGCCAGCAUGACUAAGCCGCUUCUGGCGAACCAGAGCAGCACACGGAAACUCCGUUUACCUUCCCGCCAGAGUGGUACCUAUUUAUCUACUUGCACUUUGACGUGCUUUCAAACUGCUAGGUUGGCAGGAGCAGGUACUGAGCAACGGGAGCUCACCCCGUUGCAGGGAUUCGAACUGCCGACCUUCUGAUCAGCAAAGUCCUUGGCUCUAUGGUUUAACCCACAGCGCCACCCGCGUCCCACUCAGGAAGGUAGCAACACAAUAAAAUUCAAAGCAGUAGCAGUUACACCUUCAUUUGGAAUCCAAUUUAAUUCAACUUUUUAAAUAUUAUUGUUUUAUUGAAAGAAUUUCUGUUAUAAAGAAAUAAAGCGGUACAGAGGAAAGGAGGGGGAAAAGAAUAAAGAUGUUACACACACACACACACACACACACACACACACACAGUAGUUUAUUUAAUUCAACUCAAUGAUCCAGUGCUAUCAGCUUUUUAGAGUCUGAUGGCCAUUUACACCUCCUGCACCUCCCUGCCGCCCCCUUACUUCUUGGCGCCCCUCUAGGUUAUUUCCCGCCCCCCGCCACGGGACGGUGCACCCCACUUUGGGAACCCUGUUCUGACCUCUACACCGCACUGGGCCUCUCCUUUUGAGGAAGGGUCUGGAGGCAAAGGCACCACCUUGGAGAGCCAGUGUGGUGUAGUGGUUAAGAGCGGUAGUCUCGUAAUCUGGGGAACCGGGUUCGCGUCUCCGCUCCUCCACAUGCAGCUGCUGGGUGACCUUGGGCUAGUCACACUUCUCUGAAGUCUCUCAGCCCCACUCACCUCACAGAGUGUUUGUUGUGGGGGAGGAAGGGAAAGGAGAAUGUUAGCCGCUUUGAGACUCCUGAAGGGGAGUGAAAGGCGGGAUAUCAAAUCCAAAACUCUUCUUGGGCCGGCUGCCUCCGAACGUCCUUUGCUCUCCUGCAGAAUCGAGCCAGGCCUUGCAAAGGUGGUGGUGGGGAGUCCUUCCAGAUGCACUGGCCCUUGCCAAGUGCCCUCGCGUGCCCGCCAUCCCCGCUGGCUGUGAACGGUUCUUAAAACCUCCCCUUCUCUUCUGCCUCUUCUUCUCCACCCCACACCAGGUCCUACAGCGCCUCUUGGUUUUAGCUCAGGAAUCUCUUCAGGUUUUGGAGAAGCAGCUCAUGGACCCUCUGGGAAGCCAGGAUGUGAAGGCAAGUUUAUUUAGUCAUUUAUGCUAUUUGAUGAAAAUAAUAAUAAUAAUAAUUUAUUAUUUGUACCCUGUCUAUCUGGCUGGGUCUCCCCAGCCACCCUGGGCGGCUUCCAACAAAGAUUAAAAGUACAUUAAAAUGUCACACAUUAAAAACUUCCCUGAACAGGGCUGCCUCCAGAUGUCUUCUAAAUGUCAGGUAGUUGUUUAUCUCUGUGACAUCUGGUGGGAGGGCAUUCCACAGGGCAGGUGCCACUACCGAGAAGGCCCUCUGUCUGGUUCCCUGUAGCUUUAAAACAUUAGACAUUGUAAAACAUUAGACAUAAAAAUUUUCCUGAUACAGGGUUGUCUUCAGAUGUCUUCUAAAAGUCAGAUACACUGAGGUACCACUGUAGUUAUUUAUUUCCUUGACAUCUGAUGAGAGGGCGUUCCAUAGGGCAGGUGCCACUACCAAGAAGGCCCUCUGCCUGGUUCUCUGUAGCUUUGCUUCUCGCAGUGAGGGAACUGCCAGAAGGCCCUCGGCACUGGACCGCAGUGUCCAGGCAGAACGAUGGGGGUGGAGACGCUUCUUCAGGUCUUGAUUGGUAUAACACUGUGUCUGUCUGUCUGUCUGUCUGUCUGUCUGUCUGUCUCUCCAUGAAAUCAUCGAAUUGGUUGUCUAUUCCAACCCUCUGCAAUGCAGUCAACAAAAUAGCCUAUUCAAAGCUGUUCUGUAGGCUUGUUGGCCAGCCUGGGCCUGUCAAGGAGUGACAGACUUGAUUGGGAGGGGGUUGGCCAGUGAAGCAAGUGGCAGGAGGGGCUGAUGACCCCCCUAAUGUUCAGUGAAAAUCUACCCUCUUGUUGCUUGUCCAUGAAAACUAGUCAGCAGAGAAGACGCCUUUGCCCUCUUCCAUUCAGCCAUUCAGGUUUCUGAACCCUCCCUCGUCCUUCUCUUUCCCACGGCAAACACACACAAUUCCUUCAACCUUUCCUCUUGGGACUUGAUUUCCUCCUUUCGUUUCAUUUUUUAAAGGUAAGUUUCUAGUCCUCGUGACAGAAGGUUUGUAAAUGACCGAAUAAGAGUCCCAGUAGAGGGCUUGGACGUGGGGCUUCAGUGCCUUACAAUAGCUGCUCCUGCUUCCCCGUCACUAACAAAGCCGGUUUAAAUGCACCAUGGAUGCUUUAGCAGAGUUUCCUGCAUUGCCAGGGGGGUUGGACUAGAUGACCUUUGGUGUCCCUUCCAAAUCUACGAUUCUGUGUACCGUAUUUUUCGCUCUAUAGGACGCACCAUAGGAGGGGGAGAACAGGGGGAAAAAAUAUCCCCCUCUCUGCUCAGCGCCCCUUCAGCGAAGCGGGAGGAGAAACGGAGCCCCUUCCAUUUCUCCUCCUGCUUCACUGAAGGGGCACUGCGCAGCUCUCCCUCUCUGUGCAACGCCCCUUCAGCGAAGCGGCAGGAGAAACGGAGUCCCUUCCAAUUCUCCUCCCGCUUCGCUGAAGGGGUGCUGCGCAGAGAGGGAAAACUGUGCAGCGCCUCUCCAGCGAAGCGAAGCCUGGAGAGCAAGAGGGAUUGGUGUGCACCGACCCCUCUCGCUCUCCAGGCUUCAGGCGGCUAUCUGCAAGCCUUCGGAGCGCAGCGGGAACUCCUGCUGCGCUCCGAAGGCUUGCGGAUAGCUGCCUGAAGCCCCUGGAGUGCAGCGGGAGUUCCCCCUGCGCUCUGGGGGCUUCAGGCAGCUUCAGCAAAAGCAACGCAAAGCCUCCGGAGCGCGGGGGGAGCUGUCCCUCUGCGCUUCGGAGGCUUCGCGUUGCUAUCGCUGAAGCCAAGGAGCCUGCAUUCGCUCCAUAGGACGCACACACAUUUCCCCUUCAUUUUUGGAGGGGGAAAUGUGCAUCCUAUAGAGCGAAAAGUACGGUAAUUACUCAAAACGAUUUUAAAACUGCAGAAUGAAAUGUCACAAGUCAUCAUUCUCUUCAUUUUUCAUCGUCGAUUCAGUUUCCAGAGGGGCAGCUGCAGUAGUUAAUCUCUGUGACUGCUGCAAAUCAAAGACCAUUUGUGGCACCUUAAACACUUAACACUUUUUUGUGGCACAAUUUUUUGAGGACUCGAGGCCACUGUGUCAGGUGCAUCUUAGUUGACGGAGGCUACGGAAUUGAGUUUAUCUUAGCUCUGCACUUCUAUGGCUUUCGUCAUCAAAUUUCAAUUCGUCAUUUUUUGGGGGAGAGAACAAAGAGUCAAUUCGGAUUCCACCCCCACCCGGCUAUGUCUCUUCUGCUGUGUUGCCAGCUUGUUUUUGCAAAGCUCAGAUGUGUCACCAUAGCUGUCCAGAGUACCGCACUCAUGAUGCAUGAUAUUGCGCACGAUAUGGUUGUUGUAGAGCUGGGCGUUUUUGGGAGGCCCGCGUGAGAGUGACAACCACUUCCUGAAGCUGCCAUGCUGUUGCAGCACCUCUUCCAGAGCUCUCUGUUGUUCUUAUUUUGCGGUUUGCAUUGCAAGCCUGUGAAAGUUGGUGUUGUGGGUGCUCCUUGGCAGGGAGAAAGCUGGUGAGCAAACCCAAGAAACUCAACUCAUGGUGAUUCAGCAUCUCUGCAGAUGCAGAAGUGGGGCACUGUGCUUCCAUGACUUUCAGCUGCUGAGAUCUGAUAUUUUUAAUAUAUAUAUAUAUAUAUAUAUAUAUAUAUAUAUAUAUAUAUAUAUAUAUAAUUUUCCAAAAGACCAGCUUACUGCAGACAUGGCCAGCUUGAGGCCUGCAAGCCAGAGGCAUCUCCCACAACCCUCACAGCUUUAUGUCGUGAAUAACCAUAGUUUAGAGGUCCCGGGCCCUAAGGAAAUCAGACUAUCCUCCACCAGGGCUAGGGCCUUCUCAAUGGUGGCUCCGACCUGGUGGAAUGCUCUGUCCCAUGAAACUAGGGUCCUUCUGGAUAUAACCUCCUUCCAUUGGGCCUGUAAGACAGAGCUAUUUCACCUGGCCUUUAAUUUGAAUUCAGCCUGAUCUUCUAUUUCCCUUCUCUUCUCUCCCCCUCCCCUUUUAUGAAGAUCACCCGCUCUGAGACCCCACAGCUAAUUCUCCCCUGGCCUCCUCGCUGGCCCAAGUAGGACCAAUUCAGCCAGCUAGCCCUGGGGAUUAUCUAACUGAUUUUUGAAUUUUAUUGUUAUUCAUGUUUUUAUACUGUAUUUUAUGCUGCUUUUAUAAUUAAGUGGUUUAAAGUGUUUGAAAUUUGUUAUUAGCUCCCCUGAGCCUGGUUUUUGAACCGGGAAAGGUGGGGUAGAAAUAAAAUUUUAUUAUUAUUAUUAUUAUUAUUAUUAUUAUCAUCUGGAGAUUAUCUUCAGUCACAGUGCUAGGCAUCACAGCACCGAGAUCGGAUCUAAAGCAGGGACGUUAUCUUUAAUUCGUUCCCUAGUGCUGGGCAAGUUAACUGUGGUACCCUCUAAUCUCUCGCAGUGCCACGAAAAAUAAACAAGCACCUGACUGUCGGCCACAUGCAACCCAGUGAAGUUGCCCGGGUGCCAGGAUGGCUCCUGAUGUCUCCACCAUCUGGAGAUUCAUGUCCGAGGAACCCAAAAAUCGUCUGGUCCAAAAAUGGCACCUAGGCAUUCCGUUUUGGCGACUGUAACCCUGGUUUAGGGAGGCACCUGGCUUAUAUAUUUGAGUUUCUUUCUUUUUUUACAUUUUUAUUAAUUUUUAACAUAUUAAUUAACAUUCAUACAACAGAACUUCUCAUCUUAUACAAUAUUUUUUGGACUUCCAUCAACACCUCUGAUGAUUUUCCGUACUUAUCAUUUAUUAUGCAUUUCUUAAUUUCAUAUUUCCUUUAAAUAUCUUUAACUAAUAAUUCUCCUCAUUAUCUUUUUUAUUUUUGCAAUAUUUCUAAUAAUUCACCUUACAAAACUUCUUGCAAACCUACUAGCGUAAUCUGUUCAUCACAAUUUCUUUUCAAAUAGCCUGUAAAUUUACUCCAGUCUUCUGGGAAUCUCUGGUCCCGCUGGUUUUGAAUCCUUCCUGUUAGUUUAUCUAAUUCUUCGUAGUCCAUCAGUUUCAUCCUCCGUUCUUCUUUCGUCGGUAAUUCUUCUUGCUUCCAGUUUUGUACCAAUAGUAUUCUUGCUGCAGUCAUUGCAUAGAAAAACAACUUACAACCCUUUCUAUUUAUAUCAUCUCCUACAAUGCCAAGUAAAAAUGUUUCUGGUUUCUUAAUAAAUAUAUAUUUCAACAUGUUUUUUUUCAUCUCAUUGUAAAUCAUUUCCCAGAAGUUUUUCACUUUUUUACAUUCCCACCACAUGUGAUAAAAUGUUCCUUCUUUUUCUUUAGAUUUCCAGCAUUUAUUACUAACUUUAUACAUUUUAGCUAGUUUCACAGGCGUAAUAUACCAUCUAUACAUCAUUUUCACCACAUUUUCUUUUAGGGCAUUGCAUUCAGUAAAUUUUAACCCUUCUUUCCACAGUUUUCCCCAAUCUUUUAACUGUAUAUUAUACCCAAAAUCUUUGGCCCAAUGUAUCAUAGCCGACUUUACCUAUAUAUCUGAGUUUGAUACAUAUCUGUAGGAAUCACAGCUCAGUCUGUCACUCUUGCACUGCUAACCAGAACGCGAUGUGCAGCUGUGGUUUCUGAGACCCUGGUUGGGCCUGGAUGAGAUGAUGCUAGCUGACAAAACUUCCUUCUCCCCCUCCUUUGGGACUCGGCUCCACAUUUCCCUUGCCGCCGAGCCCCAUUUUGACAUGGCUUCCCCCUUGGCAGAUGGUCUUCCGCCCUCCUCUGGACUUCUACGACGUCCUCAUCCACCUGAACCCCAAGCAGAUCCCGAGGCACCUGGAGGCAGUGGACCGACCGGCCAAGUCCUUCUUCCGGGGAACGUUGAAAAGCGGUGCGGCUGUCAAAACCUCAGCUUUCCCAGUGGUGGAUUACGACCCGGCUCAGCUGUACCUCCGAGAGCUGCAGGUAAGCAGGAGCUGGGAACAAAUAACAUAAGCAGAUGUUCCAUGCUUACUAUAAUCAGACAAAAGAUCUGCACCAAAUUGUUAUACGUUUGCCAGGACUGAGUUCGUAUCAGAAGCAUAGCUGUCAAGCGUCCCUUAUUUGGCGGGACAGUCCCUUAUCCCAGCGCCAUGUCCCGCUGCUGUCCCUUAUUGAUGAUGUCCCUUAAAUUUCCCGGGUCUCAAAGGAAGCAGCUCCUCUCCCUCUCUCCCUGUUGGCCAGGGAGGAGGGAGGCUCCAACUGUGUUGCUUGGCUGUGUUGCUCACCCAAUAAGGACUCUAAGAACGACUGGGGGGUGGAGCUUGCAUGCCUUGUGCCGAUCAAAUCGGUCGCAUUGCCUGGGGACUCACCUUUGCUCAGCGCUUCCCAGGUGACGGUGGUUUUCCUUGCUGCAUCCCCUUUGCUGGGUUGCUGCGCUAUGGGAACCACCGCUUGAGGCUUCGUUUGGCUGCUGGUUGACUAAAAUUUUGGCUGCUGAUCCCUUAUUUUCGAGGCUGCUGGUCCCUUAUUUUCAAAUCUGUAAGUUGACAGCUAUGAUCAGAAGAGAGGAAUCAUAGAAGCCUAGAGUUAGAAAUGGACAAUGAGGAUCAUCUGGUCCAACCCUCCUGUGAUGCAGGCAUCUUUCACCCAGCGCGGAACUCGAACCCACCACCCUGUGAUUUAGAGUCUCAUGCUCUACCAACUGAGCUAUGUCUGGCCUGGAGUGCUUCUAUAUUCUGUUGGAAGCUGCCCAGAGUGGCUGGGGAAACCCAGCCAGAUGGGCAGGGUAUAAAUAUUAUUAUUAUUAUUAUUAUUCUGUUUGGUGUGCCUGCUGGCCAUCUCCUCCUGCAGGAUACUCCAUUCCGUCCCCUUCCCCACGCAGUUUUCUCCUUCACAAGAGUUGGUAGAGUUCCGUUGCUGCUGAGCACCCUCAGCCAGGUUUUACUCAAGAGUAGACCUGUUGAAACGAAUGGACCUAACUUGGUCAUGUAUUUUAUUGGAUGCACUCUCAGUAAAAUUUAGUUGACUCUCACCUUCAGUUCCUUGUUGGGCUGCUUGGCCCCUUCAUUAGACACCUUCUGGCAAAUACUAAAUGCACCUUAUUUAACAUGGCUUUUGACACUUGAGCUGUGUGUGGUUUUUUGUUUGCUUGUUUAAUUUUUUUUAUUUUCAGUGCAAAAUUACAACAAAAAUUACAAACAUUGAAUCCAAAAUAAAGCAGUACAAAGAAGUAAAAAAAAGAAAAGAACAUGAGAAAAAAGAAAAAAACAGACAAAAAACCCAAAAACACACAUCUACAAAUAAAACCAUAUCAUCAUUCUAAUUGUUACGUAUGUAUUCACAUAAUGAUUUCCUUCCUUUGUUCUAAGACCUCGAAAUUUUUACUCUUUCUAAAUUGUUGUGUAGAUUACCUCUAUCUUUAUACUUUUUACACCAUUGAGCUGUGUGUUUUUAGGACCCCCCUUAUUUCUGAGAUGGGAAGCUGUUUUAAAUAUUGUUUUUAAUACUGUGUUUUGAUGUUGCAACCUGUCUCUGCAUCCAUGACAGUUGGCUUUCCAUAGCAAGUGGAAGAACUUUGUUGAUUGAUUGAUUGAUUGAUUGAUUGCAUUUAUAUCCAACCUUUUCCUCCAACGAGCUCAAGCUCAUGUACAUUGCUCUACCUCCCCCCUUUAAUCCUCACAAUGACAGCGCUGUGAGGGAGCCUCAGGGAUGGUGACCGGCCUGAGGUCAAUCAUUGAGAUUUAUUGGCUGAGUGAGGAGUCCAGCCAGAUCCUAGUCCAACACUCUUAACUGCUACACCACACUGUCUGUCAGUAGUGUGUGUGUGUGUGUGUGUGUGUGUGUGUGUGGUGUUGGACUGACAUUCUAGCAGGGCCAAACUUCACAGCUGCCUUGUGGGAAAGGAUGCUUGCCUACCAAACUCGGCAGACCUCAAUCUGCAGAGCCAGCCACGCAGUUCCUGUGUUCUUAGAAUGGGUCUCCGUCCGCAGAGCAGUUGCAAUAUAAAAAUUAGAUGGCAGGGAGGUGCAGGUAAAGGGACCCCUGAUCAUUAGGUCCAGUCGUGGCUGACUCUGGGGUUGCGGCGCUCAUCUUGCUUUACUGGCCGAGGGAGCUGGCGUACAGCUUCCGGGUCAUGUGGCCAGCAUGACUAAGCCGCUUCUGGCAAACCAGAGCAGCGCACGGAAACGCCGUUUACCUUCCCGCCGGAGCGGUACCUAUUUAUCUGCUUGCACUUUGACGUGCUUUCGAACUGCUAGGUUGGCAGGAGCAGGGACCGAGCAGCGGGAGCUCACCCCGUCGCGGGGAUUCAAACCGCCGACCUUCUGAUCGGCAAGCCCUAGGCUCUGUGGUUUAGACCACAGCGCCACCCGGGUCCCAGGAGGUGUGGGUGGGUGAGAACAAAUGCGAUCACAUAAGGGGGUCUUCUUCUCUCUGCUGGAACAGGCCAAUGGAACAGUGGGGGAGGAAAUAAUUUUGGUGAUUCCCCCUUCUCUCCUACGUACACCCAGCCUCCCAAAAUCUGCCCUGGCUUUUGGGGCAGGGCACUGGGGCUGUGGUGGGGAGAGAGGAAUUGCAACAGAUGACCUCCUUUCCCGGUCGCUUGAUAGAUGCCUUUUUGCCAGCAGAGGAGACGCCAUUGGCUAGCCUUUUGGUCUAGGAACCAAAGGUGCAAAGAGAUGCACAUAUUAAGGAUGGGAUUUCCAGAAUAAGGGGAAUGGGUGAGGGGGAAUUAAGAACAUAAGAGCUAGCUGGGUCAGGCCAAUGGCCCGCCCAGUUCAACAUCUUCUCACAGUGGCCAAUCAGAUGCACAGGCGAAACCCACACACAGGAUCUGAGCAUAAGACCCUCUCCCCACUUGUGGUUUCCAGCAGCUGGUAUUCUCAAGCAUUGCUGGUCCUGGCCAUAGAAGCAGUGAAUAGCCAUUGUGGCUUGUUGUUGUUUAGUCGUUUAGUCGUGUCCGACCCUUCAUGACCCCAUGGACCGGAGCACGCCAGGCACUCCUGUCUUCCACUGCCUCCCUCAUGCUGGUAGCUUCGAGAACACUGCCCCUCCAUCUUUCCCAACAUCAGGGUCUCUUCCAGGGAGUCCUCUCUUCUCAUGAGGUGGCCAAAAUAUUGGAGCCUUAGCUUCAGGAUCUGUCCUGCCAGUGAGCACUCAGGGCUGAUUUCCUUCAGAAUGGAUCGGUUUCUUGCAGUCCAUGAGACCCUCAAGAGUCUCCUCCAGCACCAGAAUUCAAAAGCAUCAAUUCUUUGGCGAUCAGCCUUCUUUAUGGUCCAGCUCUCACUUCCGUACAUCACUACUGGGAAAACCAGAGCUUUAACUAUACGGCUAAACCAUAGCUUUAACAGAGGAAUAUACGGGGUGCUAAUUGGGCCCCCCGCCUUUUCUCAUGACGGAUGCUUGCUGAAUGAAGCCGUGUGUGCUAAUAACGUCAGGAGGAAUAUUGCUAUGUGCCCUGCCAGGACUCUGAACCUUCUUGUUAAAAACCGCAGCGUGAUUCAGAAGCUGCUGAACCAACAAAACCCAGAUGCUUUUAAAAAAUAAUAAUAACAAGGAAGGGUUACGCGCUGCCUGGGAAACUUCCCUUUUGCCAGGAGUCAGCGGAGGCACAGAUCAGGGCAGAACUGGUUCUCUUGCUCUGUUGCAAGGCGAUUGUCGAAGAAUUGGCUGGGUCUGGGAACGGCCCGGGUGUCACCGGGUUCUCCAAAAGCAGCUGCUGCUUGCCUGCACGGCGAAUCCCUCCUUUUUUAUCUUAUUUUCCUGGAGUUUGCAGCGGCAACACCUCUGAGGCAACUUUGUGGCCUGCAUUAAGCAAUCUACGUCCCAGCCGAGAGAGCUAGCAGCUCUGCUGCUUACGUUUAUAAGUUUCUGCCUAGGUUUCUGCUGCAGAUAGAGAUUUCUAAAGCUCAGCACGGCACGGGAAGAAAUGAGUAGGGUUAAGUUCUCCUUCCUGCCUUGUGACACCAGAAUCCGUGGACUUCCAACGAAGCUGCGCAUUGGAAAAUUCAGGGCAGAGAAGAGGAAAUCUUUGAACUGUUAAACUGCGGAACUCGCUGCCACAGCAGGCAGGCAUGGCUUGAUCUUCUUGCAGUCCAUGGGACUCUCAAGAGUCUCCUCCAGCACCAGAAUUCAAAAGCAUCAAUUCUUCAGCGAUCAGCCUUCUUUAUGGUCCAGUUCUCACUUCCAUACAUCACUACUGGGAAAACCAUAGCUUUAACUAUACGGGUCUUUGUUGGCAAGGUGAUGUCUCUGCUUUUUAAGAUGCUGUCUAGGUUUAAGAUGCUAGCCAUUGUGGCUGGCAGCCAUCAGUAGCCCACUCCACAAAUGUGAUUAAUCAUCUUUUAAAGCCUUCCGAGCUGGUGGCCAUGCCAAUGACCGUGCAGACUUAAUAUAGUUAAUAUAUUAAUAACUUGCUGCAUGCAAAUAAAAAUAUUUGUAUACCGAUGUUGCAUUACACACACACACACACACACACAAUUUACAGCAAUAAAAACAUAAACCCAUACAAUAAAACCAUUACAAAAUUAAAUAGCAGGCAUCAGUUAAUCACUGUGGAAAAGUGUACUCUUAAUUGCCCUCAUAGGCCUGGCAGAACAGAAACCGUUUCAGCAGGCAUUUUUAGAGCUAGCACAGAAGGAAUCUCUUGUGGCAGGGAGUUCCAUGGGACCGGGAUGGUGGUGCUAAAGGCUCGGUUUCUUGGUAUCAAACGAACCUUGCCAACUGUGGGAACGAUUUAAUAACGCAAAGAAAAACUGGACCCGGAGGAGGGGUUUGAUGGAAGUGAGAUUUUGACACGACUGCAGUGGUAUACUUUGAGGGUAGAGCUUCGUAAUAAUAAUAAUAAUAAUAAUAAUAAUAAUAAUAAUUUUUAUUUAUACCCCACCCUCCCCAGCCAGAGCCGGGCUCAGGGCGGCUAACACCAGUAAAAUUACAAUAAAAACAUAAUGGGGGGGGGGAGAAAAAUAAAAAUUAAAAUACAGGUUAAAAUGCAAUUUCAGUUCCCCCUUCUUGUCCUUGUGCAGCAAUAAAAUGGCUAGCGCAUUUGCAAAGCUAAGCAGGGUCCGGUAUGGUUUCAAAUUGGAUGGGGGACCGUGUGUUGAGAUCCCUGCUUUGCAGGGGGUUGGACUAGAUGUUCCUUGGAGGGGGUGUCCCUUCCAACUGCAGUUCUAGGAUUCUGUGAGUGAACGUUACCCAUUCAUUUAUAUGGAAGGAGGGUUAGGGCAGAUUUCCCCAACCUGGCGCCAUCCAAAUGUUUUGAGUUACAAUUCCCACAAGCCCCAGCCUGCAAAGCUGAGCUGUAGUCCAAUACAUCCGGGGUGGGUUGGGGGAAAUCUCUGUCACAGUCUCUGAGCCCCUUGGGUGCAUUAUGCGCAGCAAGCUAAUCUAGAAAUCUGUUUCCCGCCUGCAUUGCAAAACAAGCAAGCAGUUUGCAGAGUCAGUUUACCGGCUAUUUUCCAGGAGUCAUUGUGACACAAGAGGGGCUCUCUGCGUGGCCUUGGGACAUCAGGGACUGCUCUGAGCUGUUUAGGAAAGAAGCUACUGGUCUCUCUUCCUCUCCCCUUAAAACAAAAACAAAAUUCAACAGGAGCUCAGCUUUAUUUUGUCCAUGCAAUGAUGCCUUAGCUUUAUGUCAGGGUAGGUCUUUUUUUAUAUAUAUAAUAAUUUUUAUUAAUUUUAGUAUAUUGUCAUACAUACCACAAAACUUCACAUCUUAUACAAUCUUUUUGGACUUCCAUCAGCACCUCUGAUGAUCCACCAUUCUUAUUAUUUCUUCUGCAUUUCUUAAAUUCAUAUUACCUUUAAUUCUCUUAACUAACAAUCCUCCUCUUUAUCCAUUUUUGCAAUAAUUCAAAUAACUCACCUCACAAAACUUCUUGCAAGUUUUACUUUCCGUAAAUUUACACCAGUCUUCUGUGAAUCUCUUAUGUCAGGGUAGGUCUUAACAGAGAUAAAGAUUGACCUCUGUGUGACCUUGAUGGGCGUUGGGCAGAUAUAUGGGUAGGUGAUGUUGAGGCUUUGCUCAGUUCAAAACAGUUUUAGAGUCAUUUGUUUAUUUGCAACGGCUGAUGGGGCAAGACGUGCCCAGCUUAAGUCUUAUGUGAAUUCAUUUCCCCUUAUAGGAAUGUAUUGGCAAGCUUCACCCAAUCUCCACCUGUCAGUCUGACCCUCCUCUCAGUUUUCUCCCUAGCCAAAAUGCGACAAAGAAGCCAAAUUCAGCUGCUCAGUCUCCCCCUGGGGCAGGAACGCAUUCCUCCGCUGUGUCUCACAACAACCAUCACCUUUGAGCGCCUUAUUUUUUGACUUUCUGUGCAAUCUGCAUAUCAGAGACCAGGUGUUAACUUGCAAGUGCCAGACAUAAUCAACAUACCUAAGAUCUGGAAUAAAUCACAUAAACAACUUUUUAUUUCUUCUUGGUUAAACCCAACCUGGUCAUAUCACAGGAACGAAUAACAUUACAUAACCUAAAAUGCUGCGAGGUAGAAUGGACAACGCAUCUGCAUUGAGAAUCCCUGGGAAUAAUUGGAACCGGUGAUGCUUAGUUCGAGUUUUAAAUUCGUUGCUCUCAGAGUCCUCUUUCUACACCUUAUCGUGGUUUUUUAUUGUUCCGUUGGUGACAUAAACAUUCGUGAUACGUUCUAACCGUGCAAUUUUUGCAGAAGUGUUCGCUUGGCACCUCUGUAUCAAUGCAGGUUUAGAUCGAUGUUGUCCUUCCAAAACCAUCAGCUUCACCCUGGUCUCUUCCAAACUUCUAUCCUUUGCAGGAGGCAUUCGGUGACCUGGCGAUGUUUUUCUACGACAAGCAUGGAGGAGAGGUGAUGGGAGUCCUCUGGAAGCCUUCAGCCUUCGAGCCACAGCCUUUCAAGGUGAGGCAGUCUGAAUCAUGGAUUUGGACCGUGUGUAUUUUUGUAACCUGGGUUCUGGGUCGCAGUUGCACAGGGCCCUCUGUGUGCAAGGCGCUGGGCAGCAAAUAGAGGUGGCGAGAGAACGUUCUGCCUGCCAGAAUGCUUAGGUAAAGGUAAAGGGACCCCUGACCAUUAGGUCCAGUCGUGGGCGACUCUGGGGUUGCGGCGCUCAUCUCGCUUUACUGGCCGAGGGAGCCGGCGUACAGCUUCCGGGUCAUGUGGCCAGCAUGACUAAGCCGCUUCUGGCAAACCAGAGCAGCGCACGGAAAUGCCAUUUACCUUCCUUCCGGAGCGGUACCUAUUUAUCAAUUUGCACUUUGACGUGCUUUCGAACUGCUGGGUUGGCAGGAGCAGGGACCGAGCAACGGGAGCUCACCCCGUCGCAGGAAUUCGAACCGCCAUCCUUCUGAUCGGCAAGUCCUAGGCUCUGUGGUUUAACCCACAGCGCCAUCCGCAUCCCAGAAUGCUUAGAGCUGAUGUUAAGUGACACAGGGAGGGAUGGCUCAGGGAGAGGCUUGCAGAGAAAAGGGGAAUCUUGGCCGAUGAGUGAGGGGGCUGCUGUUUUCACCCGGCGACAUGGCGAAAGGUGCAGAGACCUUUUGGGUUGGAGGGGAGAAAGGAUGUAAGAAGGGGAUAGAUGAGGAUCAAGCUUGAAGAUAGAGAGAGAGAGAGCAGGUGCGAAAGAAGAUGAGGAACGAGAAAGGCCAGAGCUGAUUGAUGAAGGGCUUGGCAGUGAGCUCACAUAAGAAGUCACUUUGGAAGUGUAAGAUGUAUGGUAGCUGGAGGGAAAGAUGACUUGAGGAGAAGGUGGGGAACUGCUGGCUUUCAGCCAAAGGAUAAAUAAAUCUACAUGGCUGCUGCUUUGUAACUGCAACUGCUGAUGGGGAUAAAAGAGUCAGAGGGUGUUGGAAUUUGCGUGGCUUGGCAUGCCCAACUGGUUGCAGAACAGAGCCUCUAGCAUGAAAUCUGAUGGAGCCGGUCGAAUAAUCAAACAUCCUUUCCCCACCCCAACACCACCAUCCUUUUUUAUUAGCAAAAUACUGUAUUUUUUGCUCCAUAAGACGCACCUAGUUUUUAGAGGGGGAAUGCAAGGAAAAAACUAUUCUUUAAAGGGAGUGCUGAGCAGAGUCUGUAUGCAUCCCAGGCUCUGCUCAGCGCUCCCUUUCACAAGCCACGUGGAGCAUGUGUGUGGCGCUUGCAGGCUUUUCCCCGAGGAGGGAGAAGGGCAGCGUCCGCGCGGCUCUUGGGGGCUUUUGCGGGAGGUGGGGGAAGGGACAGAGGGGCUAAGCCAGAAGCUAGAACAGCAAGAGGGAGCGCUGCGCAGCACUCCUUCUCGCUGUUCUGGCUUCUGGGAUAGCCGCACAGCCUGCAUUCGCUCCAUAAGACGCACACACAUUUCCCCUUACUUUUUAGGAGGGAAAAAGUGCAUCUUAUAGAGCAAAAAAUACGGUUAAGUUCCUAGCCCUCAUGGUGGCAGGUGCACCACACUGGCUGCCCUUGUGCUGUUGCGUAUGCAUUUUGUGCAUCAGCUGGGGUGCUGUUGGCAGACAGAUUCUGCUCAAAUGGCUCAGACCGGCUUUCCGUUUCAGAGGCUAGCAAGGCCUAGGCAGUGGGGCUCAAUUCAAGCAUCAUGCCAAACCAUGGUUGAAGGAGAAACUCGAGUACGGUUUAGCAAACCAUAUCGCUUAGCAAAGGUUUCUUCCUCACUCUUCCAGAGUAACUGGAAAGUUUUAGGACAGUUUUCCCACUAAAGCAACAGAUUAUUUAUUGCUAAGCAUGGAAUCUAUACCAGUAAGAUAGAAACAGUAUCAGACCAUUUUAAUUUGGCCAAAUAAAUAAAAAAAGGUAUUUUUUCCUUACCUUUACAACCUGGAAUUGUAAAGGUAAAGGUCAGCUCUGUGCAAGUUGGUUUGGGGAAGAAAUUCCAAGUACUGCGUGUCACCACUGAAAAGGUGGUGGUUUGGAAACCAUGGUUUGUGCUAACCAAGGUUUGUUGCGAGACCUAAAUGGGAAAACCACACUCUCUGCACCUCUGGAGGCUGUUGUAGCACAGAAGUAGAAAUGCUGAGCGGAUGGACGAUGAAACCUGACAGACGAGCCGCAAACCAUGGUUUGCCCACCUUUUCAGAACCUCGGUUCAGAUUUUGGGUUCUAAACCCGGUUUUGGUACAGUGUUUGGAUUGAGCCACGGUCUGAACUCACUUAUUAUAUCUGUUCUUUCCGUCACAGGUGCUAAGCAUGAAAGGAAGAAUGAUGUCCGCCCUUGCCCCUGAGCCCCUGACAGUUCCCAAUGUGGAGGCCAUUUUGGAAGACUUCAAGAUUUUGGGAGAAGGAUUGGUCAAGUCAGUAGAGGCCCGUACAGAGAAAUGGUCCAUUUAGAACCUUUUGGAACUUUGUGCUGCAUGUAUAAAGUGUUGCCCAGGGUGUGUUCUCACCUGUAACUUUUUCCACUUAGAACUGUCUUAUAAGAAAGGUAUUUUUAUUACAUACAAACUUCUCUCGAUCCUAUUUCCUCCUGUAGACUCAUCCAGUUUAGAGAAACUUGACCUCCCUAAUAAAGGACUCUUGCUAUUGUAGAAACUCUUAUUAAAUUCUCCUCCCGCCAUCUUUCGAGGCCAAGGAAAUAAUUGGAACAUUUCCCUUUAUUCGUCCAGUGGAAUUCUAAUUAAAACAUCACACCCUCUUAAAACCGUCAA